CGGACAAGGUUUCCCGGAUUUGGCGGAAUGAGUCUGCGGGGCACCCAAGGGCUCCGUUUAGAAUUCCCCGCGAGCCACCUCUCAGGCGGAACCUUUGUGCAGGGCACAGCCGGGUGCUUUAGGGCGAGGCACACGGGAACCGGAAGUCAGUGGAGGUGGUCCUCACCUUGGGGUCCCGCUGAUAGGAUUUGGAAGAUGAUUGUACCGGGUUUCCUCCGGACGAGAGGAAGGUGGAGACGCUUACCAGUUCCAUUGAAGUCAUCACUAUUCCAAGAUUUACAUAAUUUUUGCUGUCGGAAAAAAUCCAGUGAACCUGAGAGAAUUAUUACGAGUUCUGGUGCAAAUGCAAAAGAAUCUGGAAAUGUUCUUGAUAAGGUCUUCUCUUCAGAAGAGCAGGCUUCCAUCCUGCGUGUGCUGAAUACAGCAUCUAACAAAGAACUUGAAGCUUUCAAAUUGCUUCGUGGAAGAAAGUCCAACAAUAUUGUAGAGUACAGAGAAAAGCAUGGGCCAUUUCAGAGUUUGGAGAGUUUGAUGAAUGUGCCCUUGUUCCAAUAUAAAACUAUUGUUCAAGUUUGUAACUCAAUUCUUUGUCCAGAGACCGAAAAGACAAAAAGAAAAUUGCCAGAAAACCAGCAGCUGAGAAACCUCAUCAAACCAAACAUAGAAAGAAGGAGACUUAAGGCAACUAAUAGCAUCGUGUCUGUUGUUUUUGGUACUCGAAGAAUUGCAUGGGCUCACCUUGAUCGUAAAUUGACAGUGCAGGACUGGCACCAUACUGACUAUUGGAAAUUAAAGAGUAAAACACGCCCAGCAUCAGUUUAUUUAGAAGAGAUUUCUUCAGUCAUUUCAGAGAUGCCAAAAGCAGAUUUCUAUGUUCUGGAAAAGACAGCACUUUCGAUUCAGAACGCAACUCUGUUCCCCAUUCUGUUACACUUUCAUACUACAGAAGCCAUGCUAUAUGCCCUACUAAAUAAAACUUUUGCCCAGGAUGGUCAGCAUCAGGUACUGAGCAUAAGUCGAAAUGCAGUAGGGAAGCACUUUGAACUGAUGAUUGGUGACUCUCGGACUAGCGGAAAAGAACUAGUCAAACAGUUCCUCUCCGAGUCUGUACUGAAGGCGGAGCCUCGGGUGUUCUUCCCACGGGAUAAAGUAGUACACUACAGAGAGAAAUUUUUAUCUGAUUCACACAGAAUAGAAGAAUUAUAUGAUUCAUUAUUACAAGCUGUUGCUUUCUAUGAAUUAGCAGUUUUUGGCACUGAGUCUUAGAAUUCUGAGUUAAUAUAACUCCUCUAAUGUUACAUUUAUAAACUAAAUUUGUAAAACCAGCUAUUCUGAACACCCAUAUUAAAGUUAGACUUGGCUGCAGAAUAUACCGAAUAAUGCAAGACCAAAUCAAUAAAUUUUUUAAGAGGCUAUGCCUUUUGGUUUUAAGUAUUAAACAGUAAGGAUACCCUCCAAACCACCAAAAUAAGAAACAAAAGUUAUCUCCCUUUCAAUGCAAGUGUCAGGCAACCGAUUCAGGGCCCCUCCUGUCUCUCAGGCGCUAUUCCUAUUCCCCAUUCCUUUUUCCCCCAAUAAAUUUUCCUACUCUUAAAAAAGAAAAAAAAACCCCAAAUAUCUGCAUUAUUCUAAGAACAGGGAAUGAAGAUUUUUUUAUGGGUGUGUUUAUGAGAAUAAAGUUAGAAAAUUGGUAACACAACUUGUCGAUGCUUCUUAUUUUCUAGGUAGAAUAGGCAGUUUUCAUCAGUUCAGACACAUUUGUCCCAGAGCAAACUUGGUCUAAGAGACUCAUUUUCCCACUUUAACAGACCUUUUUCUUAUACCAGAAAUUGAACUCAGGACCUUGCACUUGCCAGGCAGGCACUUAUGCCACUGAGCUAUAGCUGGGGCCCCAUUUUGAUACGAAAGCCUCGCUUUUGGUACCAGGACUCAAACCUAGGGCCUCACACUUGCCAGGCAGCCAUUGUGCCACUGACCUUUACCUCCCCAGCUGACAGACUUUUUUCAGGUUAGAAUCUUGCUUUUGGGGGGUGGGUACCAGGGAUCAAUCUUACGACCUCACACUUGCCAGGCAGGCGCUUGUGCCACUGAGCCAUAUCCCUGGUGACAGACCAUCCUUUGAUAAGUGUUUCAUGUGAUUUUUUUAACACCCCUCUCAAUUUUCCAUUAUGUCUGCCUUAGUUCAGGGCCUCAUUGUAGCUCUUGUACUGAACCAAUCUCCUUGCUAUCAGAGUAUUAAAUCUUCCCUUAACCCAAAAGUCAAGUAUACUUGUUGGGAAGAAAAAUAUUCAGAUAACCACAAGUGUAUAUAUACAACAGGAAGUGAAAGUCCUGCCACACUAGCUGCUAUAUGCUUGAUUUGCUGCCAUGCACAUUAAGCCUCCACCCUUACGUGUGUUCUUGGCCUUAAACUAUUCAAGUUUAGGGCUGGGGAUUUAGCUCAGUGGCAUAAGCACCUGCCUUGCAAGCAGGUGGUCAUGAGUUUGAUCCCUGGUACUGGAAAAAAGAGAGAGAGAAAAAAAACUAUUCAAGUCUAAAAGGAAAUUAUUCUCUUUGCCUCCAAACUAGCACCUUUGUUGUUCUUGUUUACGUUGGCAAAUACUGCAAAGACAUCAACAUUUGUUUUUUUUUUUUUUCUUUAGACAAGGUCUUUAUUAUAAUACAGUUCAGGCUGGGAUCCUCCUGCAUCAGCCCCAAGUGCUGGGAUUACAGAUGUAAACUACCUAGGCUGGCCUCCUCCUCCUCCUUUAAAAUGCUCACUACAAAGCAAAACAUCCUCAAAUUAUACUAAACCUGAAAAGACCAAUCAGAGUUAUCCUAUUCAGGAGGAAAAUACCCCCAUCAUUUUUUUAUUUUAAAAAAAAGUACUAGGGAGCACUAAACUGCAUAUUUGCUCAGCUCUUUUUUUAUUUUUAUAUUGAGUUGAUCUCCCCAAGUUGCUCAGACUAGCUUUGAACUUGUGAUCCACCUGCUUCAACCUUCCAAGUAGCUAGAUUACAGCUGUACAUCAUCACACUUUGCUUAUUUAUUGAUUUGUAACCACUUGAAUACAGUUCUAUGGUAUUAUUUUACUUCUGUUGAGAAUUGUCAGCUUUUUAAUAAUAAAACACCUAAUUAAGAGAGGAGGGCCUACAGAAUAAAAGUCAGUAGAAAAACAGGUGAGUGCACUUAAAGCUUCAGAAGACACUGUUCUCUCUUCUGUACAGGAACAAAAUCUGUAAGAUACAGGCUAUAUACAAAUCUGCACAAUAUACAUAUUUAUGAUGUGUUUCUUGGGCUUCUAUUUAAAUCCUACAUAAUUAGGCUUUAGCUUUAACCUUUAAUUAGAUCAGUAUACUAAUUGACACAAGAAAAGGUAAGUUGAACAAAUAAGAGGUAAAAACAUCUUACACAUAUUUAAAAACAAGUUUGCAUCUAUUUUUAAAAACUACAAAAUUAGGAUCCUUUUUAGUUAAAGUACAAUUCAGUAGAUAAUGUAUCUGAAAUAUUAAGCUAUAAUACAGACAUUUGAAAUACAGUGAUUUUAAACCUGAUUAUCUGAUUACAACAUGAUAUUUUAAGAUCUUAUUAACCAGAGUUACAAUAUAUACAUUUUCCCCCAAAAAAACAUGAACCUUCUGGGUGUGGCAGCAUACAUCUGUAAUCUUAAUUACUUGUAAACUGAGUGAGGUUGCAGGAUUGUGUGAGCCCACCUGUGUGGGACCAGCCUGGGUAACAGCAAGAUUGUCUCAAAAACAAAAGCAGGGCUUGGGAUGUAACUCAGUGGUGGAAAGCUUGCCUCACAUGUCCAAGGUUCUAGGUUUAACCCUCAACACGAGAAAAUGAAGAAAACAUACAUAGAAAUGGUUAGAAUAAAAAAUCAUACGGCAGAAUUAUCAUGUAUACCAGUUUUAGUGACCAGCAGCUUGUCCACAAUGGACAUAUUAAUGCCAGUAAUAUUAUUGUGAAACAUAGAAAGACAAGAAAAAUUUAUGAAACAAGUGACUUGAGUUGGCAAAAUACACAGGUAUCACCUACAUAGGGGUACUAAAAAUAAUUUAUGAAAACUUAUUCAGAAUGUUGACUCAAUGGUAAGUAUGCUGGGAUGUUUUCAUAAGCAUUGCAUAUGUAAUUUUUUUUAAAAAAAUUCUGACUUGUGUAAAUUUAUUUUAAAAAGAUCACCGUCUAUGUGCUUCAUAUUUUCAGUCUCAGAGAACUGAUUUGGAGAGAGCUGGGUAGAGGGUAAUAGAAAAGGGAAAAAAUAUAACAUUAGUUUAGCACUAUAUCUUUAGAAAUACCUUAGUGAACUCUACUUUCUAGAAACAGUUCAUUCAUAUACCAAAAAUAUACCAACAAAGUAAAAUUAGAUACUAUAAAAAAAUUCAGGAAAAACUACAAUUAUAUACAAUUUAUAAUUCAAAUUUUUUCAUUUUAAAUAUCUGCACAGCAAUAAAAAUUACAAUCUCUUUUAAAUGUACAUUAACAGAAAUGAACACUUCCAUGAGAGUCAACAUUAUACAACAACGUAUCUCAAGCACCACAUAAUUUGUAUGAAGCAGAGUAAAUGCUCAAUAUUAAGGGAAGUCAGCUGCCAAACUAUUCACAGUCUCUUUCGGAAUGUCCAGAUGAAUUCCUUCAAAAUAGUGCAGGAACCUGUCAAGAUCACAAAGAAAAAUAUAAUUUAAUAUUUCCACCUGAUGAGAAUAUUUACUAAGUUUGACAUAGUUAUAUAAAUGUUUUGCUUUUUAUAGCUUUUACCUUCUUUUACAUUUGUCUUGUUCUUUUAGCUUCUCAGUCCUGCAAAUGUUCCGGAGAGUUGGCAGGUACUCAGUUAUACUGGCUUGUCUAUUACCUACAUUCAGUAGAGAUCGACUUGAAAAUACACUUUUAAUGACUGCUAUCCUCUUCCAAGCAUUGCUAUAAAUUAAAAGUAAUGUGUUAAUUUUUAUUUUAAAUGCCUCAUAAAAAUACAAUAAUCGCAAACAACUAGUUUGCCUGCCUCUGGUCUAGACUAGACAACACUUAGGUUAAUAUCCAAUCAACACAUUAAACACACCCAUACUGAAAAGUCUUAACUGGCUACCUGCUGUUAAGAAAAGUCCAAACCUCUUAUUUGAGGGUUUCCUAAAUCUAGCCUGCCCUAAUCUUUCUAGCAAUCAUGCUGGUCUCCUUAACACAUUAGAAGCUACACUAUUAAUUUUAAGUGCAGCAUUUUAAAAUUAAUAAAGGGGCUGAGGAUAUAGCUCAGUGGCAUAAGCACCUGCCUGGCAAGUGCAAGGUCCUGAGUUUGAUUUCAGGUACCCAAAAAUAAAACUAACAAUUUUCCCUUUGUCAUUUAUUACUUAGAAAUAAAAGUAAGGGGCUGGGGAUUUAGCUCAGUGGCAUAAGCACCUGCCUUGCAAGCCAGGCGGUCGUGAGUUCGAUCCCCGGUACUGGUAAAAAUGAAAAAGAAAAAAAAAACAAAAAAAAAACCCAAGACUUACUUCAAAUUAGCUGCUGAUUGGCUAAAGCAUACAUUAUUAUGUUUUUGUGAAACAUAAAAAGUAAGCUCGUUGGUUGGAUCUUUUCCUAAUUUCUUGCAAGAAUUCAAGGAUUCCAAUGCCUUUGAAAUAGUAGAAGAACAUUUAAUAAAGCUGAGCGCUUGUAUAGCUGCCUUUAAUUCUGCAGAGUCUUGAGAAGUCCGCACAUCACCACUCUCCAUACUAAAUUCAUCGCAGAGGCCACUUUUAACCUUUUCACUUGUCCAACAGAAGUCAUAUUUACCAAGUUCCUUCUGUUCCCUUGUAUCAGUUAAGAAGGCAUCUAAAAAGGACAUGUUAUCCAUGAACUCAGUGAGCGAACUUAAACAAUGAGAAACAAGGACAGAGCAUUGUUUCUCUGCUGAUGUUUUAGGAGGACAAGGAAUAGAUUCAAUGUCAGACUGUGAAUACUGGUUUAGAUUCCUUCUCUUUGGAUUGUUUUCUUUGCGUGUGGCUUUGCUUUCUUCUAAAUCUGAGGAAGACACAUGGGAUAGGUUAGUAAAUUCAUCAGAAAAGUCCAAUCCAGUGUCAAAUAAGUCACUGUCAUCUAGUGUCACCAUCUUUUUCUUACGUUUCCUUUUCUGUGACUUUUUCAAUGGCUGCUCUCCUUCAGAACAUGUCCUGACAAGACAUUUCAUACUUCUGGUUGUUGCAUUGGCGUCUGCAGUUACAGAUGAGCCACAAAGGCUUUUUGUUUCUGGAAUAAUACCAACUGGUAAUGGCAGGAUGAAUUCAAGAUUACUAAAUAAAAAAUCUAUUUUCUGUAUGUGGAAUUCCGUGAGAAGCUGGAUGAAUUUAUGCCAUUCGCCCUUCGUUGUGAUUUUAUGCUGAAAGCAAAUUUUAAGUAAACAAAUGUUAUAAUAGUACAUGGUUUGAGCAUUUUUCUAUCAUAUGAAUAUAAUGUCCCUAUUCUGAGUCAUUAAUACUCAGAAUGGAUAAUAAAAUUAUCUUACACAUAACUACUAAAAUAGUAAUGUUUCUAAAAACUAAAUUUAUACUGCUAAUUUGGAGAAUUAAUACUUAUCUAUCUAGUAUAUACUUCAAUAUAUACUAUGUACUGCAAUUCAGUAAUUAGGUCAUUUAUUUAAAAAGUUUGAAAUUGUGUUUUGAUCUGAAAAGGGUCUAGUCUAUUCUAAAUCCUAUAUUAGGCAUUUAGAACAAUGUCUAUGUACCAUUUGUCAAAGUGGUGAAAUGUGUUAAAAUUGGAAAUCUAAAAUCUGUAAAAAUUAUAUAAGCAAUUUAAGGUAAACAUAAGAUUCAAAGCGUUAAGUGUUGGGAAAAUAAAAAGAAAUGUAAAUUCAACUUUCCAAGUAGACAGUGAAAAUACCUUUAAAAACGAAAAUAAAUCUUCAGAUGGAGAAAAAAUGUUCUUGACUCCAAAGAAGGUCUCAGCACAGCCAGUGUCACAUCUGGGAAGGACUAUUCGAUUCUUUUUAGUAUUUUUAGUGUUAUUUUUGGACUCAGGGCCAUCUUCAGUGUAAACUAGUACAUUUCGGCUAUUUCGUCCUAUAAAAUUAAUUAAAAAAUUUCCAGCUAUACAUAUUCUAAACAAAUUGUAUCAAAUAAUUAUCGUAAGUAUGAGAUCCUUUGCACCUUUUGCAUGUAUACCCCAAUUUUGUUCUUUAUAUCCUGAAUUCACUAAGAGUAUAAUAUAAACAUUUAUUGUAAUAAUACCUAAGCUAAGUGUAGUAAUAGGGAAGAAAUCUCACAAAACAGUGGCAAAAAAAAGGCAAGGGCUCAACAGGCAAGUCAUAGAAUGAAGAGAUCUAGCUACAAAAACAGAAAAAGAAACAAAGAUGCAGCCAGGCAUGGUGGUACACACUUGUAAUUCCAGCAUUCAGGAGGCUGAGGCAGGAGAAUUGCCCUGAGUCUGAGGCCAGUCUGGACUACCCUUGUGCUGAAAAGCAAAUUUCAAGUAAUUUGACCCCACGCCCAGCACCCUCAAAAAGAUCUACCCUGACUCCAACCUACCCUCCUUUACAGAAACUGCCAUGAGCAAAGUUGACAUAUGUUACGGGUUGUACCUAGAUGUACUGUUUUACACAGAAUAUAAAACAGCGAGAGGACCACCACUGCCACUGCUUGUCCUGUGCUGUUUCGCUGCUUUGCUGCCUUCUGCCUGCAAUGGACUGAUUGUCUCCUCUGUGAUGCCACUCUGCCUUGGAGUCAGUCAGCUGUGAGCUGAAACCUCUACGAACUGUGAACCAACAUAAACCUUUCCUCUUUUAACUUUGGAUGUCAGGUGUUUUGUCUUAGCAAUGAGUAAAGCAAUUAGGAUAACAUAUAUACAUACUUUGAGGAUUGGCAUGAUACUUGAACACUAAAGAAUUAAGUCUUUCAAAUAGUUUAGUAUAGCUAGAUACGGUGGCACACACCUGUAAUCCUAGCACUCAGAAGAAUCACUCACUGCAAGGUCGAGGUCAGCCUGGGCUGCAAAGUGAGGCCCUGUCUCAAAAACCAACCCCUGGCCCCAGCAAAAAAUGGUUUAGUGUAGUAUACCAUACAUUUAAAAAUAAAAAUAAGGUCCUAUAAAAGAAAUUUCUUUUAGAAUAGAUCAACUUACCAGAAUGAGAUAGUGGCCUUUCUUCUAAAAAUCCACCUCCACUUCUAAUCCAAAACUGUAAGUAAAGGAUACUUCUUCUGAUAUCACAAGCAUUUGCAGUUAACAAGGUGACAAAGUCUCUUACAUCAGUUCUGAAAUUUUCAGUUAAGCAGAUCAUUUGUAGGUAGCUGGCAACAUUUAGCUAAGAGAGAAGGAGGAACAUGUUGAGUUGCAAAGUUCAUAAAAAUACAACAAAAAUAAUUUUGAACAAUAUCUAAAAGUGAGACAAAUUUUGCUACAAUUCACAAUACUUUACAACUCUUUGAGAAUAAAAUUAUUCUUAAAAAUUAUAAGAGACUGAUUUCGAGACCAGUCUGGACUACAUAGUGUGUUCAAGAGCAGCAUAGUGAAAUUUUGCUUCAAAAAGAACUGGGUGUGGUGACACAACCUUAUAAUCUUUGCACUUGGGAGGCUGAGGCAGGAGGAUUACUAUGGAUUUGAAGUCAGUCUGUGAGCUACACAGUGAGUUCAAGGCCAGCCUAAAUUAUAAGACUGUGCCUCAAAAAAAAAUUAUUAUGUAUAGUACAGGACAACAAAGAUACUUUUACCAGAGAUUCCCCAACCUGAACACUGGUGACAGUUUUAUAAAACUGGAAAAAGCCCUUAGAAUUGUUUUCUUUUUUGGUACCGGGAAUUGAACUCAGGAGCUUGCAUUUGCUAGGCAGGUGCUGUGCCACUGAGCUACAUCCCUGGGCCAGGAUUAAGUAAUUGUAUGACUCAUAUGGAAUAUUUUAUAGGUAUCAAAAAUAUGAAUACUACUGUAAUAGUACUGAAAAACAUUUAACUCUCUAAAACUACAAUUGGAAAAUUAAUGAAUGCAGACUAAACAUGGUGGAUCUAUAAUCCCAGCCCUUGGGAGUUUAAACAGAAGAAUCACUGCAAGUUCGAGGUCAGCCUGGGCUAUGCUGCAAGACCCUGUCUCAAAAAUAGAAAAAAGAUGAGCAACAAAAGGGAAUAAUAGUUACUUCUGAAAAGGUUGACUAUAAGGUCUCACAGGAACUUUUGGAGGCGACAGAAGUGUGGUAUAUUUUAAUCUGGGAGGGAGAUUACACUGGGUCUUUCAUAUGUUAACCUUCAUUAAGCAGAAGAAUACAGUACAUGCAAGGUUUUUUGGGGGGAGUUUUUGUUUGUUUGUUGUUUUUCUGGUAUGGGAAAUCAAACUCACGAUCUUACACUUGCCAGGCAGGCACUCUGCUGCUGAAUUAUAUCCCUGGCCCUAAGUGUAAGUUUUAAUUGUAUUUAAAACUUAAUGGCACCAGGGAUGUAGCUCAGCAGCACAGCACCUGUCUGGUAAGCCACUGUCCUGAGUUCAAUUCCUGGUACAAAAAAAAAUUAUCUUAAUAAAGUACUGUUAGUAGAAUAACAACAAAUGAACAUUGGAAUUGAGGAAAAAUUUAAAUGUCUGAAAAAACUAUUAAAACAAAAUAAAAAAUAAAGUUUCCUAAAGCUCAAAAAUUUAACACAUCCCUUAGUAAACACAUUUUAAAAUACUGUAACUAAAUUGAAUUUAAAAAAUCAUGUGUUACAUAAUUAUGAUAUAUAAUUUAUUAAAAUCCAAAACUUACCAGAGAAGGAGUACUGAAAUUGAUUUCUUCAAAGUUGCCAUCAAACAUUGAACUAAAUGUUGAAUCUACAGAAGAGACAUUUUUAAAAAAUACUAAGAGCACUAAAUAUUGUGAAAACAUUCAGCAUUUCAUCAGUAAUGAAAGUGCAGUAGUUUUCCUUUAUCUGGUUUUGCUUUCUGCAGUUUCUGUUACUGCAGUCAACCAAUUUUUAAAUGGAAAUUGAUCAGUGAUCCUUUCUUCCAGUGUCCCCAAGCUCUACAUCUUUCUGCCCCUUGGUCACUUAGCCUUCUUUGUAGCAAAUGGGAGUUGUGUAAUAUUACAGUUCUGUGUUUAAGAAACCCUCAUUUUACUUAGUAAUGAUGGUCCCAAUACCUUAGUAAUCAUGCUGGCAGUUUUCUUACUGUAAAUUAUAUCACUGUUCUUCUUUACUAUCAGCUAUUCUUAAUUUUAUUGUGUCUAAUUUCUAAAUUUAUGUACGUAUAUAUGCAUAGGAAAAACAGUGCAUUCAGGGUUCACUGCUAUUUGAGGUUUCAGAUAUCUACCUGGGGUCUCAAUUAAGGGAGAAUGACUGUAGAAUACCAUGCAAAUUAUAAAGCCUUACAUAACACCAGUGUUUAUGCUGACCUAAAGUGACUACAAUCUAUUAAUUAAACUACCACUUAAUUUAUGAUUAAUAAAAUUUUUAGAGUACAGCCACUGUGAUACAUGCCAUCAAUCUGUAAGUGAAAUCUAACACAAACAUACGAGCUGAGCUAGCCUCCUAAAUAAUUGCAAUGAAGAAUAUUACAACAUACUAUCACAAUAUUUGUAAAUUUUUAAAAAAUAAAUUGUAUGAGUUUAAAUAUCCAAGCUAAUUCCUGAAAAAGUAAAUAUAUUCUGUCAGGCUGGUGGUGGCUUACUUUAGCUGAAAUACACAGUAAUCUAUAUCAAGAGCUAAAGAGGAGCUAAAUUCAGUAUUAAGGAACUGUGGAAAGGUUGAACUCUAUAACAAAGCGUGGCUACAGCCAGGCACACCUCUAAUCCCUGCUACCUGGAAGAUGAGGCAGGAGGAUCACAAAUUCAAGGCCAGUCUUAGCAACUCAGAAAGACCCUGUCUCAGAAUAAAAAAAGGCAGGGCAUAUACCUCAGUACUCCCUCGAAUUCAAUCUAUAACAGAAAAAAAAACUCAGCUAGUAAAUGAAGUCUGGUGAUCUGGUGAUAUAAGUAUAGUGACACAAAGGCAUAAUAUACUAUUUGUGUUCUAGGCUCUUUUAGCUUUCUAAACAUUUAAUAACAUGGUGACCCAAAGCAGUACCCAUUUUUAAAAAGUCACUGUUUUUUUGUGAAGCAAUAGAUGAAUUUUACAAUUAUGAAGGGCUACAAAUCAAUUGCAAGUUUGAAUAAUUCUAGGAGUAAGAUCUAGGAGUUUCCCCAUUUUAGAAGAAAAAUGUAAUCUAUCAACUUUUGUUUACUGGGUAUUGAACCCAGGGCCUCACACAUGCUAGGCAAGCACUCUAUAACUUGGGAAAAUAGUGUUUUUGUGUGAGAAUGUGUGUGUCUGUUUUGUGUUCAAGAAAAUUUUUGUCUUGUUCUGUUUUUUUUUUUUUUUUUUUUUUUUUCAGUCAAAGUCUUGCUAAAUAGCCCAGGCUGGCCUUGGACUUCCAAUCCCUCUUGCCUCUGCCUCCUGAGUGCUGGGAUGAUAGGCUUGGGCCACCACACCCACCCUGCCCAAACUCUUGAGCUCAAGCAAUGCUCCUGAGAUCCAGUGUCCCAAGUAGCUGAAGCUGCAUGAGUGCUUGCUCUAUCCAGCCUAUUAACUGACUUUUAAAGAAGCUGUUCUAAGUAAAAUUAAAAGCUUUCUGGUGAAACCCAACACAUUUUAACAAAAAGUAAUUAAUUGUACUAAAAUUAUUUUACCUACCACUUGUUGUAAGGAUUACAGGUCGUUUAGUUGUUGCCAUAAAUGUUUUGACUGCAUUCAGAAACCCAGCAUCUUCAUCAAAAAUGACAUCAACCUACAAACCAUUUAUUACAGUAUUAAUAUAAUGAAUAACAAAUACUGGAUAUCAGUUUACAUGUUAGCUAUGUGUCAGACAAAAUUUAAUUUUUGAAAAAUGUGAAUACAGCCCACACUUAAAGCCUGUUUUAUACCACAAAAGAAUAUUUUUUUUUUUGUCUUUUUUCCUUUUUAUCGGUACCGGGGAUCGAACUCACAACUGCCUGCUUGCAAGGCAGGCGCUUAUGCCGCUGAGCUAAAUCCCCAGCCCCCACAAAAGAAUAUUUUAAAUUAUCAACUAUUAAGCAUUAAAUUUAAAAAAUUACAGCCACUUAUAGCUAGGUAGGUAUAACUCAAAAUUAUUCUUUUUUCUGGGAAUCGAACUCAGGACCUUGUACUUGCCAAGCAGGCACGAUGCUGCUGAGCUACAUCCCAGGCAAUAAUUUCUAUAACCAUUAAAUCACAAUUCAUAACCUUAAUUGCAUUAAUCAGCUUCCUAAAAAUUUCUCCUAGAUGGGGCCAGAGAUUUAGCUCAGCACUUAACCACCUGCCUGGCCAAGCAUAAAGUCAGCAUCAAAAAACAAAAACAAACACAAAAUUCUCCUAGAGUUAACAGUUUUAUUCAUUUUAAUUUUAAAUAAAUAUGUAACUGUUACUGGCUUUCUUAGUUAUAAUCCUUUAUUAAAAACACAUAGUAAGGCCAGGUGUAGUAGCACACACCUGUAAUCCCAGCACUUGAGAGGCUGUGAGGCAGGAGGAUUACUGUGAGUUUGAGGCCAGACUGGGCUACAGAGUGAGUUUAAGGCCAGCCUAGACUGCACAGUAAAACCCUGCCUUAAAAAGACAAAAAAACAAAACAAAAAUCAUAUAGUAAAUUAGGAGAUACCAUGGUAGUGUCCUCUAAGCCUACCUCCUCAAAAAGAAUGAGAGAUGUUGCACUUUUCCUCUUGUGUUCUUCAGGUCCAACUUCUUUGGCAUUUGAAUUCACUGAAUUUGUAGAUUUAGUCUGACCAAUUUGCUUCUGUUCCAAAGAAUUUUUGAUUCCUGGAUAAACAGAACAUUAAAACUUUUGAUAGAAGUCAACUUUUAAUGGCAACACUGGAUAUUUUCACAGAUAAACUGAAUUCGCUUAUCAAAACUGAAACAGAACAUUAAAACUCCUGUAUGUAAGACUUUAAUGGAACUGAGGUUUAAUAAAAAGCAAUAGGAACUUGGCUGGACCUGGUAAUACAUGCCGAUAAUCCCAGCACUUGAGAAGCUGAGGCAAGAGGACCACUACAAGUCUGAGGCCAAACUGGGACAUAGUGAGUUUAAGGCCAGCCUAACGUACAUGGUAAGAUCAAAGAUCCUGUUUCAAAAACAACACAAAACAACAGCAACAAAAAAACUCAUGAAAAAUACCCAUACUUUUAUGCAUAUUUAAAAGGUCAAAUUUAUUUUAUCAGUUUAAUGUUUUACCUUUAUCAUUUCUGAGAAGUGUGUCUAUUUCUCCAUUAUUUUUGGGUUUAGAAGAUACUUUAAAGUAAUUUGCCAGUGUUUUAGGGGGAAGUGCUCUCUUCUGUCCAGUACUUUUUGGUGAUGAUGGAGGAAGUUUUCGUGGUGAUGUAACAACUUUCUUCGGGGAGUUUAAUUUUUCUACAAAAAACAAAUUGCAUUUAAUAUUUAAGAGUAAACACUCUAAAAAUUAUACAGAUGACAAGAUAGUGUUAUUUGUAUUUCUACUUCUACCAGGUAAAAAUUAAAGAUACAUUUUCUUUUAUCCGUACAUUAAAAUAUCUGUGCACUCAAAUACUACUGUACUGGAUUUAUAUUAGCUGUAUAGGAAGAUAGGUCAAUUAUUUGAAAUGACACUUUUUUCCAAAGAAACAGACAUUUUGAACAAAUAAUGGUCGCAACCCUCCUCUAACUCUGUCUACCUGAAGUCAGCAGAGGCUGGAGGAAAAAUAACAGUAUGUACUGAGCUUAUUACAGAACGUUAUUGUCCAACUUCAACUUAGACAUAUAGUUAUGACAAAUAAAACAGUAUGCAUUUCUAAAGAUUCUUUGAAGGAUGGAGACAUACUAAAUAUAUGGCUGGACUCUACUCUUCAGAAGAUUUAAGGCAUUUAUUCUAAAGCCCAUGUUCUUUUUUCUAUUCUAAGUACCUUGAGUUAGUCCUUACAUGUCCUAAUUAUAUGUACCAAGAGUAAGAUCUCCCUCACUUAACAUCUUACAUAUACAAUAUCCUGACUAUAUCUUAUUCUUUAUUCCCCCUCAACUGCCAUAGAUUUUUAUCAUAUCCCUUACCUAUUACUUACUGAGUAAAAUAAACUUCCUAAAAAAUUUGAAAGUUAUAGACAUCAACAUUGUUUUAUUUUUAAAAAUUUCAAAACUAUAAGAGAUGAAAAAUCAAGCCCAGGCUGGUCUCAAAAAUUUGCAACAAUCUUUCUGCCUCAGCCUCCUGAGUGCUGGGAUUACAGGCAUGUGCCUCCAUGCCCAACAUGAGAUACAAAAUCAGGAUAAGCAUUUUUUCUUUAGAUCAAAUAGGUAUGUUUUUAGUUUUCUUUUUGUUUUUUGAUUUUUUUUGGUACUGGGAAUCAAAUUCAGGAUCUUGUUCUUGCCAGCUAGGCGCUGUGCCACUGAGCUAAUUUUUUGGCCCCAAAUAGCCAUUUAUUUGUAAGAAGCACUCACUCGUUUGUUUUGACAGAUCAAGGAUUGCUUGAUCAGACUGGUAUCAGUCCAAAAAACGGUUGUUGUUUUAAAACAUAUGUCAGCUUUUAUUUUAAAAUGAUUAAAUUUUAAAUUUUAAAUUUUAUUAAUAUGUUUUUAAAAAAACUUUACACAAAAAUCACUCCUUCAGAGAAACAGAUAACUAAAUAUUGCUCAAAGGACAAAGAUCGAUUAAAAUGGUUCCCUACUAGCCAAAGAUGAGAAUAUAUGAGGACUAAAAGAGAUUCUCCCAACAUACAGAUUCUCCCUCCCAUACAUAACUGGGACUGUAUUUACCCUACCAUCUGAAAUAACAAUAAAAAGGAAAACGAACAUAAUAUAUGAAACAAAAUUUUUCAAGAUUUUGGCCAUUAUCCAACAAAGGACAGUGAUUCACAAGAUCCAGGAAAUAAACAAGGUAAACACCUUGUUGGCUUAUGGCUUUGCAUGAAUAUCAGAGUGGUAAAAGGUUUUCCUGAGUCAAGGAGAUUAUACUAGUUAUCUGGGGAAACCAAGGUGGACAGAAAUCACAGGAUGGAACAUAUAAGAUGAGACAGCUGUGCAGAGCGUUCUAGAAAUCUGCAGGAUCUUCUCAAGUGUUUUAGCCUUCAGUGGUGAAUUUUUACUUGGUUUCUUUUUUGAGGCAAGCUUUUGCUAAGCAGCUCAGGCUUCCAUUGAAUUCACUUUGUAGCUCAGGCUGGCCUCAAACUAGCUACAAUCCCCCUGCCUCAGCUUCCAGAGUGCUAGGAUUAUAGGCAUGUGCCGCCACACCUGGCCAUUAGUGAAGUUCUAGAAAAAACAAUUUCUAAGGCUCACAGAGACACCUUUCCACCAAACAAAGUAGAAAGCAUUAUCAUUAACAAUGCAUAGGCCAGGGGACUCAAAGUUUUACCUGAGUAGUUCAGAAUUAACUGAAGUAUAAAUGUUAUUAUCUUACCCAGUACAUCUUAGAAGACCUAAAAGAACAAUUAUUUCCCAGUAACUGAAUUGUAUUAUACAAGGUCAAGGAUAGUUACAGGACUUAAAUAGCUAGCAUCCAAUGAAGUAAAGUAUACAAAGUCUGACAUGCAAUCAAAAUUAUAAGGCAUCCAAGGCAGAAAAAUAUAAUCAAGAGAGAAACUAAUGAAUUGAAAAGCCAUCUCAGAUAUGUCAGAUAGCCAAGCAUGGUGGCAUGUACUUGUAAUCAUAGUACUUGGAGAUCCUGAGGCAGGAGGAUGGCCAUGAGUUUGAGGUCAGCUUGGGCUACAUGAAUUGAAGUCCAGACUGAACUUACAUGUAUGAAUGUUAUUAUAAAGUAUCCCAUAUGUUCAAAAAUGUAAAGACUGAACCCAUGAUAAGUGGAAACACUAAAAUAUUUUAAUAAUAAUAAUUAUUCAAACUGAAAUACAACACCAGAACACUGACCCUGUCAAAAAAAAACAAACCAAACAAAAAAAGCACAAAGGAGACAGGACAGAAAAAAUAUUUUAAGAAAUAUGGAAACUCAAAACACAUACACAAGAAUCACAAGCCCCAAGUAGAAGAAACAUAAAGGAAACUACACUAUCUUAAUCAAAUUGUUUAGGGGUUGGGGAUUUAGCUCAGCAGGCAUAAGCGCCUGCCUUGCAAGCAUGCAGUCAUGAGUUUGAUCUCUGGUACCGAUAAAAAAAAAAAAAAAAAGACUACAUAAUCAAAUUGUUUAAAACCAGUGAUAGAAAAUUUUUAAAUAGCAGUGGAAAAUGAACACAAACAAUUGAAACAUUAAAUAUACACAAGUUCAUGAGUUCAUAACAAUCUUUGUAAAAAAAUAAAUCUUUGUAAAGUCUACAAAAAAAAAACCACCAAAAACACCUCAUUGAUUGCUGAAUCUAGUUCUGCACAUCUGUAAUUCCAGCUACUCAGGAGGCUGAGGGAGAAGGAUACCAAGUUUGAGGAUAGACUGCACACGUUAGUGAGAUCUCAUCUCAAAAUAAAAUUGAAAAAGAGCGAGGGUAUAGCUCAGAGGUAAAGAACUUGCCUAGUGUGCAUUUAGCCUUAGAUUCAAUCCCCAGCACCACAUACACAAAAACCAAAACUCACUGGGCAGUUGUGGAGUUUAUACAACACCAUGGCUCUAAGAACUAAAAAUUAAAGGGAUGAAUGAAACAUCUCUCAUACCUGCAAACUGUAUUUCAAAAUAGUUGAUGAGAACAGCACUUCUCAGAAUUUCAACUAAUACAGGCAAAAAAUCUGAGAGAUACACAAAAACACUAGACAAAGAUCUCUUAACACCUGCCAAAUACCAUUAUAAGAGAGUAGUGAGAGUAGUGGAUUUUAUAGUGAGUGAAUCAGAAUAAAAUUAUCUGAACUCAUUAGUUAGUGGGGUUUUUUUUGGUGGUGGUGCUGGGGAUCGAACCCAGGUCUUUAACACAGAACUACAUCCCCAUCCCUUUUUAAAAUUUUUUAGGAUCUUAAUAUGUAAUCUAGGCUGGCUUGAAUUUAUGGCAAUCUUUCUGCCUCAGCUUUCCAAGUGCUGGGAUUACAGGCAUGUGUCACCAUGUCCAGAAUGGGCUUGGAAUUUUGAUCCUCCUACUUCAGCCUUCCAAAGUACUGGGAUAACAUCUGUGUGCUAUAAUCAACUUUUUAAUCGAUGUAUAAGAAAUAAACUAGAAAAGAAAAUAAUACCAUUUACAAUAACAUUAAAUACAUGAGUCAGGCAUGUAGCACAUACCUGUAUUCCUUGCUACUUGGGAGGCUGAGAGAGAAGGAUAGGAAGUUCAAUACCAGUGCCACUAAUCAAUCUUAGUAUCAAUAAAAGUGAUAAGUGACUCCUGCCUUGAUAUCACAGGAAGCAUAAGCUGAUUCAGAUAUGCCAGCUACAAAAAAGAGAACCUAAACCUAUUCAGCCUCAUAGAUCUAGCUACCAGUUUAUAAAAAACACAGAGAAGAGGAUACUGUUACUUUCAGGAUACCAUCAUCCACCAAAUUCAGAAUGUCUAUUACAAAUGACUCAGGUUCUUCAGCAAAUAAAACAACAUGACUACAGGUAACAGAAAUUAAAGGUUUAAAAGAGUCGGGCAUAGUGGCACACAUGCCUGAAAUCCCAGCACUCGCGAAGCUAAGACAGGAGGAUCACUGCCAGUUCAAGGCCAGGCUAGGAUACGUAGUGAGAUCAAAUCCAGCCUGAACUACAUAGCAAGACCCUGUCUCAAUACAAGCACACAAACAAAAAGUUUAAGAGACAUUAAUCAGGGCCAGGGAUUUAGUUCAGUGGCAUAGCACUGCCUGGCAAGCCUGAGGUCCUGAGUUUGAUUCCUGGUACCAAAAAAAAAGAGAGACAUUGAAAGUAAAAUAUGAUCUUAUUUGGAUCCUUAUUUGAAUAAACCAAGUGAAGUAACAGAAAACUGAAAUCAGAUUGUGUAUUAGAUGACAAGAAUAUACUUAAUUUUAUUAUAUCUGAUUAUGCUACUUUAAUUACUUUUAAAAUUGAUUUUACUGGUACAUUUUAGAUAUACAUAAUGAUACUGUCAUAGGGCCAGGGAUAUAGCUCAGUAGCAUAGCACCUGCCUGGCAAACCGAGGUUGUUAAGUUGGAUUUCUGUUACAAAAAUUAAGAAAGAAAAAUUAUUUGACAAUAUCAUAGGGAAUUUGAACCUAUACAUGAUAGAUCUUAGUUCUCUUUUUUUUUUUUUUUUGUCUUUUUCCUUUUUAUCGGUACCAGGGAUCGAACUCACAACUGCCUGCUUGCAAGGCAGGCGCUUAUGCCUCUGAGCUAAAUCCCCAGCCCCAAUCUUAGUUCUUUAUAAUUAUGCUUUUUGAAAAGUCCUGACUGGUUAGAAAUAUAUACUGAAUAGGGUAUACAUGUAUACUUAUACUGUAUACAUGUAUACUGAAUAUACAUGUAUAGGGUAAAAUGGUCUUCAGAUUAUUUUAAAGGUCCAGGAAAACUACUUGAUAACCUGGGACAGAAAGAUCUCAAUUUUGAGGCCAGUUUGGUCAACUUAGACCCUGUUUCAAAAAAAAAAAAAAAAAAAAAAAUACUCAGGAUAUAGCUCAGUGGAAGGGCUUAAGUUCAAUACACAUGACUAUGAAAAGAGGAAAAAUAAAAAGCAUGAACAUCUGUGCACAGGAAAACAUAGAAAAUGAAUAGGAAAAUACUGGUAAUUAAAACUAUUUCUCAUAUUUUAUUACUUACUUGGUGACUUGCCUAUACUGUAGUUAUUAAAAAAACAGGGUUUUUGUGCAUUUACACCUUGUUUGUCUACUUGAUGGGACUGAGUAGCUUCUUUAAGUUGAGACAAAAUUUGUCUACCACUGCGCUGGGAGGAGGCAUUCACUUCAAAUAUCUACAAGAAGUGAAAAAAAGACAGAACAUUUAUGUUUUCUGAUAACAGUAAUUAUUACACCCAUAUCUCCCACCGUCCCUGCCACUAACCUUGAAUCCAAGCUCCUGUGCACAAGCGUACACUGCUGCAGUUUUCCCGAUUCCUGUUGGCCCUGUUAUAAGAACAGUGUUGCAAAGAUGGCUCUCUUCAUCUGAACUGCCUUGAAAAUCUAUGCUAUCAGGAAAAUCUGAAAAAGUAUCCAAAUGAAUAUAAAGUGAUUAGACCUUAGGAAAUAAUUCUAUUUCAUGAAACCCACUUAUUAAGUCUCUCAAAUUUCUUACCAAUAAAGGCUGAAAAAUGAAUUUAUAUAAGUAGAAGCCAAAUAUAAAAUACUAAUUCCUGGUGCAUGCCCUCAAAAUCCAGCCGUUAGAAGGCUGACUCAGGAAAUCUUCGUUUGAGGCUAGCUCAGGUGAGAAAACUCUCUUUCAAAAACAUGAAACAAAGGGGCUGGGGAUUUAGCUCAGCAGCAUAAGCGCCUGCCUUGCAAGUAGGCAGUCAUGAGUUCGAUCCCUGGUACCGAAAAAGACAAAAAAAAAAAAAAAGAAACAAGCUGGGCGUGGUGGUACACAUCUGUAAUUGCAGCAAUCAGAAGACUGAGGCAGGAGGAUUCUUGUGGAUUCAAGACCAGAAUGGGCUAUCCAGAAAUUCAAGGCCAAUCUGAACUACAUAUUAAGACCCAAAAACUAGCUAAUGUAAUUCUAGAAGUAUUUGGUGAAAUAGAAAUGACUCAAAAUACCUUCCUGUUUCUCAUCUCUUUUGCCCUUCAAAUUCUGUCUCUCUUCCAAUUCAGCUCUUCUUUUCCAGUCUUUUAACCAGCUGUCAUAAAAAAAUGCACAUUAAUGACAAAGUAAUUCAUAGAAUGCAGAUACCUGUUAAAUCUUAUAUUAAAAUCACUGCAUUAGGGCAUACUGCUUGUUUUUAUGUACUCCACAGUGCCUCUAAAUGAACUAAAUACUAAAAUGGGUAUGAUUAUUUAAAAAAUGAAAUAAUUUUUGCCUAAAUAUACAUUAGUAUACAUGCUAGAACAUUUUACUGCCAUACUGUUUAAAUUAGCCUCUGUAAGGAAAAACAUAAAAAGUUCUUCUUAAUAGGGGAUAAGAUAUAUUACGGUAAAUUCACAUUUAAAAACCAGUACACAGCAAUUGAAAAGAACUAAGGACAUUGUGUGACAACAUACAGUACACCUAAUAUAUAAUGUUAAGUACAAGUGGAAAGUUUAGUUUCUAGUGUGGACCCAAACUAUUUGAAUGAAAAUCCCAGCUCUCCUACCGUCUACCUAUGUAACUUUAGAUAAAUAACCAUUCUAGGACUGUUUCUUCAUUGAAGAGAUCAAAACAACAGUACUUACUCUCACAGUUCUUAGGAUUAAAUCAACUAAGAAAAGUGUUUGUUUGUUUGUUUGUUUACUGGAUUUUUGAGAUAAGGCUCUCUAUGGAGUUUAGGUGAGGCUUAAAGUUACUAUGUAGCCCAUGCUGGACCUGAACUCAGUGGUCCUGCGUCAGUCUGCCACCACCUAGGGUUACAGGUGUGCACUCCCACACCCAGUAAACAGUGCUUAAAUUCUUGGAGUGGUUCCAAUUUCAUGAUACUGACCAUUAGAAUGGGUCCACAAUUCCUUACAUGCAAUCUUUUGGCCAAAUACUAUAGUUUCAAAAUUUACAAUUUUUCACAUAUUAGAAAGGUAAGUUAAACACCUACUAAAUGCAAUUGACAAAGACUAUAACAACCUCCAUAUAAUGAAGACAAUAAAUUUCAGUCUUCAGAACUUUCUGUGGACCUGAAUUAAUAGUAAUGUGAUCCUACUGUUAGAAAAGAUCCACUGCAUAUAUUCAAUUUUUUUUCUUUUCUUUUUUUUUUUUUUUUUUUUUUUGUCUUUUUUCCUUUUUAUCAGUACCGGGGAUCGAACUCACGACCGCCUGCUUGCAAGGCAGGUGCUUAUGCCGCUGAGCUAAAUCCCUAACCCCUCAAUUUUUUUUCAUAUAUACAAUUUUUUUCUCAAAGGUUUAAUAAGAAAGUUCCAAUUAUGGUAACCUCUGAGAAAGAGAAAUGUGAGAAAACUGUUCACUUAAAAUUCUUGUCUUUAAAAAACUUUUCCCAUGUACUAUAUUACUUUAUAAUUUUAUUACUAAAUUUUAGUCUAAUAGUAAAACUAAAUUCAUAAACUGUUUCUCAAGUUUUUACAAACAUCACCAACCUAUGUAACUUUUUUAUAGCUGACUCAUUGCCUAUGAGUUCACUAGCAUUCUGAGGUUGGUACUUUUCUGUCCAAAGCAUGUCUUCAGUUCCACAAUCUAAAGGAAAAAAAAAAAAUUUUAAAAAGGUAUUGUUUAUUCCUUGAUAUAAGCAUAUAUUCUUAGACAUUUACAUAAUUGUUAUAAUGUAACAAUAAUUAUUUGCAGAAAUGUUAAUGUUUUCAAAAUGCCAAAAAGGUUAUUGUAAAAUGUAACAUUAAGCUGUUAUGCGCUUGCCUAACAAAUGCAAGGUGGUAAAUUUAAUCCCCAGUAUAAAAAAAAAGUAUUAAAAAAAUGUAACAUUAAACUGAGCACGGCAGUAUCACAUGACUGUAAUCUCAGCACUUGGUAGGAUGAAGCAGAAGAACUGCUGUGAUUUCGAGGCCAACCUGGCCUACAAAGUGAGUUCAAGACCAGCCUAAACUGUGUAAUGAAGCCUUGUCUCAAAAACAACAAUAACAACAACAAAAAUUCUGUCUCAGAAAGCCAAAAAUAAAUAAAAAUUUAAAAAAUUAAUGAUAAGUGACUUGCCAUCUCAAGUAUUAAAACAUACCAUAAAGCUCAUAUAAAAAUGGAUGAAUUAAAUCAAUUCAACAGAAUACUUUGGGCAAAGUAUUUAACGGAAUGGAAAUGUGUAGCAAUGAGAAAUACAGUAUAUUUGUAGUAUGAUCCCAGAUUUUAAAAAAAGCAUAUGUAGCUGGCCAUGGUGGCACAUUUAUAAUCACAUACUUGGGAGGCUGAGACAAGAAGACUGAAAAUUCAAGCCCAGCCCUGGCAAUUUAGGGACAGGCAAGAUCCUGCCUCAAAGUAAAAAGUCAAAAAGAUUGGGGAUACAGCUCAGUGUGAAGACCCAAGGUUUAAUUCUUAGUUGUACACAACACACACACACAUACACACACACAUACACACACACACAACAUGGCAUUAUGUAUUAUGCUAGAGGUAAAGCUCGGGGGGAGAGCACGGGGUAGCAUGAACAAAGCCCUCGGUUUGAUCCCCAACACCACAAAAAUAAAAUUUUUAAAGCAUAUAUAGUUAGAGAAGUACUGAGAAAUCAAAGAUGAAACAACUAUCUGUUAAUAUGGUUAGCUGUCAGCCUCAAACCACUGCAGCUUCCACUUAUACACAAAUACAUUGUUCGAAAGUUGCAAUAUGUAUAAAUUAAUAGAUGGACAAGCAUGGUAGCAUAGGUCUGUGGUCCCAGCCACUCAGGAGGCUGAGGCAGGAGCAUUUGGAGUUCGAGGCCAGCCUGGGCAACUCAUUAAGACUCUUCUCAAGUGAAAAACCAACGAAAAAAUAAGAGAGCAGUAGGGAAAACAUUACAAAACAUAAGUUCUAAAAUGAGGGAGAGAAUCCAACUUACCAGGAACAGAAGAUAUUUCUGCUGCAGGCUCUUUGUCAUCAUCUACUAUCAGAAUAUCAUUAUUCACUACUGCUUCUGUUUUUACUUUGCAUGUUGUACUUAAAGCAGUUGGCUUCUUCCAGAAUGUUUUAGAAAAUAUAUCUUUGGAAGAAUCUAGCUUUUUGCUAGAAGAGUUGUUGCUUUUGUCAAGUUCUUCUGGCUUCUCUCUUAUCUUUUCUGGGCUUACUGAAUAUUCACUUAGUUUCUUUCUUUUUGACUUCUGAGUUUCUGUUUCCAUUCGUUUCCUUUUCGUUUCUUUUUGACUGACAUCAGGCUCUAGUUGUGAACUUUCUAUUUCAGAAAUUAUAGAAUGCAUGUACUUACUAAUCAACAAAAACAAUUUUCAAUACCCAAUAAUCUUCAUAUCACUUCGAAAUAUCCGCGCAAGGAUGACACGUAAAUUUGUGAAGCGUUCCAUAUUGUUUACUAAAAUUGGAACGAUACAGAGAAGAUUAGCAUUGCCUCUGUGAAAGUUUUGUGACAUUAAUAUGAAAAGAAUCAAAUCUGACAUGCUGAAAGCCUUCUGUAUGAAUAUAUAAGUUAAAUGAUUUCAUCUAAAGCUUCCUUUAAAUGAAUGACUAAUAAUCUAACAUAACUGGAACUGGCUUUCACUGGACAAGUUAACAUAUGCCUGUAAUCUCAGCUCCUGAGAAGGCUGUGGCAGAAGGAUUACAAAUGUGAGACAGGCAAUUUAGCAAAAUCCUGUCUCCAAAUAAAAAAUAAAAAGAGCUGGAAAUAUAUCUCAGUGGUAGAACAAACCUGAGUUUGAACCCCUACAUUGCAAAACUAAGUAAUAAAUAAAAAAAUCUUCAUAGUGGCAUCUCUGGGAGCAGGCAGGCCCAAACUGCACUGUAAAAUUGCUGUACUUUAGGUAAAUAGUUGUCAUAGCCCAAUGGAAGCAACACAGCUACUUCUGAAUCAAAGGCUAAGUCUUCAUGUUUUCAAAACUGAAGGAUUAACACAAAUGAUAAUAAUGAUCACUAACCUUGUUUACCAUGAUACUCAGAAAGUACCUGGUAUUCAAUUCGUUUUUUUAGAAGCAAGGGAAAAUAUUUUCCCAAAGAAAAGCUAGGAUUUGACCACCCAAUUUCCUCCAGCAAAGUAUUUCUUACUUCUUUAGUAAAAUCAUUCUUUGUCCUCGUAAGCUGCAAUGAAGAAGAAAAUGCCACAUAUCAGAUCCAUGUCUUUACUAUUGUUAAUCACAAUACUAUCAACCAUUUUCUGAUCAUAAGUCAAUGUCUAUGUAGGACUAGCUUUAGCCACUAAACACAAAGGUGCAUUUGCAUAACUUUUGAAGGAUUUAGUUUGUUUUUUUUUUUUAAAAGGACUUAGUUCAUAUUUUUAUUUUUCUCCCUCUCCACUAAAUGGAGAGUUUACAUAUUAGAGUACAAUGUUGACUUAAAAACUCUUUAAAUGAAAAAAAAAAAAAAAAAAAAAACCUCUUUAAAUGUGAGCUGGGCAUGGUGGUGCACACCUAUAAUCCCAACACUGGAGACAGGCAGGAGGACUGCCCUGAUUUCAAUACCAGCCUGAGCUAUAUUCAAGGUGAGUCAGAACUAUAUAGUGACACUCUGUACCGAAAACACCAAAACAAUAAUAAAGCAUACAAAUAUGCUGUAUAAUCGAAUAUUCUUUCAAAGUUGGCUUUUUUCAAAAUUGGCUAUUCCUAAAACAUUUUAAAGCUAAGAAAGGAAAUUUACACAUCAGUUAUUUUUCAAAAUUUAACCCGAGGACUUAACAUGGUGCCAUAGGCUUACAAUCUCACCACUCCUGUCUCAAGGCUGAGACAGGAGGAUCACGGUGGGUUCAAGGCCAGCCUGAACUACAGUGAGACUCUGUCUCAAAAAACAAAACAGCAGCCAGAGAUUUAGCUCAGUGCCUCAAGUGCUUGCCUGGUAAGCGCGAGGUCCUGAGUUCAAUCGCCGGUACAAAAAAAAAAAAAAAAAAAAAAAAAAAACACCAGAAAAAAAACAAAACAGCAAAUUUGAGCCUAGGAAAAAAGGAGCUCCAAAACACAAUAGCCAAUAUUCAAGUAUUUUUUCUCUGAAAGAAGUAAAAGAAACACCUUACAGUAGAUGAGCUUUAGUACUUGCCAUAAUAGCAGAGUCACUCUUCAAAUUUGAAUCUAAUGUUGAGAAUUCACCAAGAGCAAUCAUAUGUUUGUGAAUAUCUGUUACUUUUGUAUCCUGUUCUUUAAAUUUAGUUAAGAGAAGACAAGAAGGUGGUUUCAAAUGCCAUAACCAACACCCUAAAGAAAAAACAGAACAAAUAUCUUAAUUAUAUACUAUGUACUUACUGAAUGUCAAGCAUACAAACACAAAGACUUGACAAAUCCCAGCAUCCAGGAGUCCCUGUGUUCAAUUCCCAGCACAUAGAACAACAGCAACAACAACAAAACCCCAAACUUAUAACUACAUAGUUAACACAGAAGUACCCCAAACCCAAAUAAAUACACAGGAAACAAAAUACCAUUAAGAAAAAUUACCUGUUUUCCCUACCAAAUAUUAAAAACAAGCAGAGAACUGUCAUUUCUUUUCAAAUCAAUUUUGAUACUCAGGGUAAAAAUUUAAAGGGCAGUCAACAUCCUACUUUAAACUUUUAGAUCAGACCUCUUUUCAAAUCCAGAUUCUGUCACUUACUAUUCUUGUGAAUAUGGCAAGAUCUCAACCUUAGUUUCUUUAUCUGUUAAGGAAAGGUGAUAAUUACAAUAUUCUGCAGCCUAAAAUUGCUUAGGCACUGUUUGCUCAAAACAAUUCAGAUAAUUAACCUGUAAUGCCUAAGGACAUGAAAGAGUGACUAUCUUCAAGUAGAAAUGAUAGUAGCACUCCUGUGAAAAUGGGAAGAAAACUAUUAAUUUGGUUUAGCUCAGUGGUAGAGCACUUCCCUAGCAGGUGCAAGGAACUAGGCUUGAUUCCAGCACUAAGAAGGAAGGAGGAGAGAGGAAGGAAAUGUUAUAUAAACUUGUACUAUGAAAAACACCAAUAAAGAUUUCACCAACCAAAUGGUCAGUGACAGAAGGCAAAAUAAGAAAAAGCAGAAAAAAUUAUUAGAAAAACUAGCUGUAAAAUUUCCUAAGGAAAAAGGAGGCUGAAGAGGGCUGGGAUGUAACUCAGUGGUAGAUUACUAGCCUACUAUGUGCAAGGACCUGUGUUUGAUCUCCAGUACCACUAAAAGAAAGACAGGCUGAACAAGACUCAUAAAGUAUCAAGGUCAGAAACACAAAACAAAAAGAAAGGAAAACAGAACAAAAUAUACAUUUCAUGGGCAGAGGAAAUUCACAAAACUAAAUUUCAAAGCCAACAGAGAAACACAGCUGUUUGGAUAAGCAAAAAGCAAUACUUGGGGUCAGGGAUUUAGCUCAGCAGCAUAAGCACCUGCGUGACAAGCACAAGGUUGUGAGUUUGAUCCCUGGUAUCAAAAACAAAAACAAAAACCCCAACAUCACCUGCACCUGUCUGGCAAGCGCAAAGUCCUGAGUUCAAUUCCCGGUACCCUUCCCCCAAAAACAAAAACCAGAACAUAAUACAAAAACAUCUCUAAGGGGGAACAAUGGCAAAGUAAUGAGAAAGACUUUGCACAUUAUCAGUGUUAAAAAUUAUAAAUAUCCAGUGUGGAAGUACAUGCUUGUAAUUCCAGCACUCAGGAGGCUGCGGCAGAAGGACUGCCACAAAUUCAAGGCCAUGCUGAGCUACAUGGUGAGUUCGAGGUCAACCUGAACUACAUAGCGAGACCCUAUCUCAAAAAAUGAAAAUAAUAAAAAUAAUAAUUUAAAACUAAAAUAAAUACCAUAAGUAAACUAAAUUAUUGUUGCUCCAGCAUUUAAACACAAACAGAACUACAUUAUGAUCAGGCUAGUACCACAGUAUGAGACACUUGUGCCAACAGUUCACUCGUUACUGGCCACAUGUGUAUUCCACACGACAUGUGGUAAACUUCAGCCUCAUUUUUAAACACCUUACCCAGUUUUCCUAUUGCCUUUAAAAGUUAGAGAGUAAAUAUUCAAUAAUAACAAACUUACCAUCAUCCUUUUGCUGUACAUGAACAACAGACUGGAAACUGGUACCCACUGCAUUGUACACAUCCAGUGCUGCAGCUUUCUUUGCAAUUUGUCGUUUCAACAAAUCUGGCAAACCACUCAUUAGAAAAUCACGCUUUGCUUUAAAUUGUACAUUACAAUCCUGAGAUUUUUCAGACGUAUCUUGACUUUUAUGAAAAUUAUUUGAAAAAAAAAAAACACAAGAUUAUAAAUACCACAAAGACAAAUUGUUUACAAAAUAAACCCUUUUGAAUUUAACUUAAAAAUUAAUCAGCCAUUUAAGAUGUCAGCUGGUCAAAUUCUUAUCACAAAUUCAAAAGUCAAAGUUAUAUCAUGGGGGCUGGGGGUUUAGCUCAGCGGCAUAAGCGCCUGCCUUGAAAGCAGGCAGUCGUGAGUUCGAUCCCUGGUACCGGUAAAAAGGAAAAAGACAAAAAAAAAAAAAAAAAAAAAAAAAAAGAUUAAAAUAGAUAAAUAAAGUUAUAUCAUGUACAGAUACAAAUUCUCUACAAUGAAUGUGAUUAUCAUGUAUACCUAAAAAGAGGCAGGCACUCAUGCCACUGAGCUACAUCCCCAACCCUAGAAAUAUGUAUAGAAAAAAUGUCUUAGGGGCUGGGGAUUUAGCUCAACGGCAUAAGCACCUUCCUUGCAAGUGUGUGGUCGUGAGUUCGAUCCCUGGUACUGAUAAAAAUGAAAAAGACAAAAAAAAAAAAAAAAAAAAAAAAAAAGUCUUGAAGGACACUCACCAAAAUGUUAACUGGGACUAUCUUAGGUGGGAGGUGAGUUUUCUUUUGUUUUUUGUUUUAUGGCACUGUGGAUGGAACUCCACUCAUGCAGGGCAAGCACUCUACCACUGAGCUACCUUUCCAACUUUAGGGUUUUGUGGUUGCUGUUAAACAUGCAUUUAUCUGAUAAUCAGAAAACAAAAUUAGUGUCCCUGUUAAAAAGUUUUUACAAGAACCUACUCAGCGGCAUAAGCGCCUGCCUUGCAAGCAGGCAGUUGUGAGUUCGAUCCCUGGUACCGAUAAAAACGAAAAAGACAAAAAAAAAAAAAAAAAAAAGAACCUAUAAUAUAACAUUGUUUCCAACAUAACGGAAAAUUUAUAACCCUUAUUAUUGAUAUUUAUUUUACCUGGCUUAUCUUCAGAUUAUGAAUCAUAGGAAUCUUUUUUUUUUUUUUUUUUUUUUUUUUUUUUAAAUACUGGGAACUGAAUCCAGCUGGGGUAACCCUAUAUCCUCAGUCCUUAUUUUUUUUUGGAUAGGGUCUCACUAAAUUAUCCAGGUUGGCCUCAAACUUAUAAUUCUCCUGACCAGGACUUCAGAGUAGCUGGGUUUACAAACAUGUGCUACCACACCUAGCAAGUCAUAAAAGUCCUGCCCAGUAUUAGAAGAAGGAGAGAGGUGAGAGAGCAGGGGAGAAAGGAAGCCUGAGUAACGCAGGGAAAGUGCAGUAGUGGAUGUUAUAGCUUACACAUUCUUCCUAGCCUGCCCCAGAGUCUAAACUUUUAAUAUCCUCCACAUAGAAAUUUGGGUAAUUAGAAAGACAAUACACAAUUUCUACUUGUCUUUUUUGUUUUGAGUGAAAUGAGAUUGGUCUUGGUUAGAUUACAGGAAUUAAUCUUAGAAAAGAGAAUCUAGAUGACAGGAUUUAAUCUUACAAAAGAGGAGGUAUAUUUCUUUCCUAGCAGCAUGAUGGCAGAUGCCCUCCUAUAUUCCUAGCACUCUAGGAGACUGAGGCAGGAGAAAUCCAAGUUUGAGCCCUGCUGGGUAAUUUUUGAGACCCUGAAAUCAAUAUAUACUGGUACAGGGGGUUUCCUCUAAGAGACUUAAGAGAAAAAUACAACAUUCUUUCACAGAAAACUACAAAUUUAAACCUCACACAGAUAUAACAUAACACUGAAUCAGUCACUGUUAUGAUAUCAAUUAUCCUCAAAUCAAGUUAUAAAGUUAGGAAUAAUGUAUUUGCUGAACAUAUAUCUGACCAAGGACUUAAAACUGGAAGGUAUAAAGUACCGUUAACAACUCAGUAAGAAGACAAUCCAAUACAAAAAUGAACAAUAGAUUAUACGAAGGAAGAUACACAAAUGAACAACAAUCACAUGAAAAGAUGCGGAACAUCAUUAGACAUCAGUAAAAUGCAGAUAUGGUGGUCUACACCUGUAAUUCCAACGCUCAUGAGGCUGAAGCAAAAGGACUAUCACAUAUUUGAUGCCAGCCUGGCUACAUAGUGAGUUUAAGGCCACCCUGAACUACACAGUGAGACACUGUCUCAAAAAACAAAACAAACAAACAAAAAAAACCCCAACAAAUUGUACACUGACUGGCACCCACCUCUCCAGCCUACUCUAAUGUUCCUCUCACCCCUGCUCUCGAUGCUCAUCACACUGGGAUUCUCUGUCUUUGGCAUUUACUCUGCUCCUUCUAGUUACAGAUACUUUGCACAGACUUCCUUCAGUCUACAGCAUACUUCUUCCCGAUGAACUGCUCUUCUUUCAAAUUUCCACUGUCAUUUCUUCAUGAAGCCUUCCUUGAGCAGACUCAACCUCCUUGACAUAAAUUAUAACCAAAUUUUGCAGUUCUCCUAAGCACAAUGUCAAUUUUUCAUUUGAUGAACCGGUUAAUGUUUAACUAUAGACUCUACCCUCUAGACUGGAAGCCUUGUUGAGGACAGAAGAUGUGUCAGUCUUAUUUGCCAUUUAUUGAGACAAGGUUCCACUAUGCAGUUCAAUAUAUAGUUCAGGCUGGCCUUGAACUCACUAUGUUAUCCAGUUUAGUCUUGAACUUGCAGCGAUUCUGCCUCAGCUUCCUGACUGCUGAGAUUACAGCAAUGCACCACCGUGUCCAGUCCAAUUUUUAGUGUUUUAUUCUGUUGUUUUGUCUAGAGAUGGUCAUAAAGCACUUGCCAAAACCAAGAUCUUGCUGGGUAUGGUGGUACACGCCUGUAAUCCCAGCAUACAGGACACUGAGGCAGGACGAUCACUGAGUUUGAAGCCAACCUGGGGUACAAAGUGAGUUCAAGGCCAGUCUGAACUGCAUAAAAAAAGAACUGUCUCUAAAAUGCAACCAACCAAACAACAACAAAAAGGCAAAACAAAAUGAAAUAAAAAAACAAGAUCUUUAAUAGUGGUGGAAGUAUUGUCAAUAUUAUCAUCUUUUAAAAAGCACUUACUGGGUCAGGGAUAUAGCUCAGUAGCAUUGCCCCUGCCUGGCAAGCAUGAGGUCAUGAGUUUGAUCCCUGGUACCAAAUAAAUAAAUAAAAUGGACUUCUUGGGGCCAAAGAUAUAGCUCAAUGGCAUAAGCACCUGCCUGGCAAGAGCAAGGUCCUGCGUUUGACUCCUGGUACCAAAAAAGAAAAAAAGGACUUAUUGCCAGGCCUGGUAAUACAUUCCAGUGCCUAGCAGGCUGAGGCAGGAGGAUCACUGCAAGUUUGAGGCCAGCCCGAACACAUGGCAAAACCCUGUCUCAAAAAGCUUAAAAUAAGGGGCUGGGGAUUUAGCUCAGCGGCGUAAGCGCCUGCCUUGCAAGCAGGCAGUCAUGAGUUCAAUCCCUGGUACCGAUAAAAAAAGGAAAAAGACCAAAAAAAAAAAAAAAAAAAAAAAAAAAAAGCUUAAAUAAAUUUACUUAUUAAAGAGUCAAAUAAUUUAUAUGUAUUCUUAUCAAAGUAGACAGAUAUACAUAUAAUGCAUUACAUAAAAUAUUUUGCCAUUUAAAAAAAUCUGUGGACUGACCUGUUCUCAUCAAGAGCAAGGAUAGGAUCAGCUGUUUUCUGAGCUUUUUUGGCAAGAAAUAAAGGUGCAACUUUCAUUUUUCCUUAGAAAAAUAAAUAUUCAAUGUUAGUAUCAAUGCUUCCCCCCUCCAUUUCAACAAUUUUUAAAAUUACAUUUCUUUUUAUAUUGUUAAUUAUAAAGUGUCUAUAUAACAAUCUGUUCCUGCAACCUGAAAAUAUCAGAACCUCCUGAGGAACUUUUAUUUUUAACUAAAGACAACCCACUGAUGAAGAUUAUUAUUCAAUACCUUUAAGGAAAGAAAGACCUAAACAUUUUUUAAACAUUUUAAAUGACCCAGAUAAUUCUGCUGAUAGUCAGAUUUGGGUACUCAUUCAAGACUAAACAGAGAUAUAAAACAUGAAAUAAAUUUGAAAUAUGCUCAAAAAUAAAUUUAAAAAUGCUCAAUUUCUUUUUGAAAAACUUCGCAUCAGAUUAUUACUUAUUAAAAAAGGAUCUAGAUCUGAAGACACAACUGACGUGAAAAAAAAGAAAAAAAAAAAGGAUCUGGGCCAUGGAUACAGCUCAGGCUGCCUGGCAAGAGCAAAGUUAUGAGCUCUAUCUCCAGUACCAAAAAAAACGGAUCUAAUUAAAAAUUUCCAUCUUAUUAAAUGACAUAAGGCCUAGGGAUAUAGCUCAAUGGCACAGUCUGUCUGGCAAGCUUGAGACUGUGAGUUCAGUCUCCAGUACCGAAAAAAAAAAAAAAAAAAUAGAGAUUAAAUUUGUAUCAUGAGCACAUCCAGAAUAAUCCCCUCAAACAUUCUACAAUUCAACAAAUUGAUAUUAAUUCUGAUUACCGGGUAUAUUUUUAGGAGACUCUUUAAGUUUUUUUCCUAGCACAUCAUUUAAGCUCUGUAGUUUCUUCUGAUUCUUCUCUGUAUUCUUUAAAGAAGUAGGACUUGAAUCUAUUGUAAUAAUAGAGUCCUAAAACAAAGCAAGAAAAUGAAAAAUUUAGGGCUGGGGAUUUAGCUCAGUGGCAUAAGUGCCUGCCUUGCAAGCAAAUGGUUGUGAGUUCAAUCCCUGGUACAAAAAAAAAAAAAUACACACACAGGAAUGGAAAGUACUAUCACUGUCUUGAGGGCAUCAGCACAAUUUUCAAGGAAAAGAUGGUAGAAUGAUGAAAACAUUAUUUGUAACAGCCAAAAAGUGGGAACAACACAAAUGUCCAACAAAUGAGGCAUGAGUACACAAAAUAUAGUUUAUACAAUGGGAUAUUAUUGGGCAAUUAAAAGAAAUUAAACAUCAGCAUGGCAUGGUUGCAUACACCUGUAAUUACAACUAUACAGAAGGCUAAGGCAGGAUGAUCACAAGUUCAAGGCCAGCCUAGGCAACUUAUUGAGACCCUGUCUUAAAAUAAAUUUGACUGAGGACAUGCUUUAGCACUACAGUGUUUGCCAAGCACAAUGAGGCCCUAGGCUUAAUCUCAAAGAUAAUAGGAAUAAUAAUAGUGCUAAGUAAAAGCAGCCAGACACAAAGCACCACAAAUUACACAAUAUUACUUACAUGAAAUUUCCAGAACAGAUUAAUCUAUGGAAAUAGAAAGCAGAUUAGUAGUGGCUAGGGCUAGAAAAUAGAAAGAUUAGGAAAGAACAGCAAAGGUAAAUGAGAUGUGCUUUUGGAGUAAGAAAAAUGUUAUAAAAUUGAUUAUGAUGCAUAUACAACAACAGGCCCUGAAUUGUACACUUUAAAUGAUGAAUUGUUUAAUACAUGAAUUAUAUCUCAAUACAGCUAUUUUUUAAUAAAAAGAAGUUGUAUUUCACAUGAUCUUAAAAAACCUGUGCAUGCUUGGCAUGGUGAUACAUGCCGGCAAUCACAGGACUUGGGAGGCUGAUGCAGGAAAAUCAUGAUGAGUUCAAGACUAACGUUGGGCUACAAAAUAAGUUCAAGACCAACUGUAACUACAGAACAAGAUCCUAUCUCAAAAUACAAGGGGAAAAAAAUUUGAGCAGGAAAUCCGCAGGUAGAAAAAAGCACUAAGACAAUAAAAUAGAAGUAACUGAGAAAAUAAAAUAAAAAAUGGGAGAACCAAAUAGUAUGAUUAUUAAAAAAAUGCUUUGAGGAAAGGGAAAGAGCCAGUUUAGCUGAUAAAAACCUUGGGUGAACUGAGAAACAUUUGGAUUGUUUAUAAAGCCAAAGGGGCUUUUGAAACAGAAUUGCAAAUGAUAUUCUUUCUACCACUUCAAGGCUGUCCUACAAUGCUAUCUCCUAACUUUAUAAUGAUUUCCUCUCCUGCUCCAAAGAACAACAUGGAACAGAAUUUACACCAAUAGAUGUAAUACUUGUAACAGCUGUAAUACUUACAUCCGUUUCUGAUGAUUUCUCCCUUUCACGAAGUGCCUGAUGCCUAGAGGAACGUCUUAAAGGUAUGACUAUUUCUUCAGUGGUCUUUGCCCUACUGAUGUGUAAGGCUUUUGCUUUCUCAAUCAGUUGCUUGGCUUUUGAAAUAUUUUUUGAAGUACUGUUUGCCUAGACAAAAAUUUGAAAUAUUAACUUAGAUCAGAGCUAGUGUUUUCCAUUUAACAAUAAAUGUAUAAUAGAAAAAUGUAAUUGCAAAUCACAUUAAACAAUCACCCUAGAAAUGAUUACUCAAACCUUACCAAGAAUCUCAAAUUAAAACAUAGGUAAUAAUUAGUUGUUUUUUCUUAUUUGAAAGUGUCCUGACAAAUACAGUGGUACCCUGGUUCACAAAUUUAAUUUGUUCCAUGAUUCUGGCAAAGAGGGCCACAGCUGUGUUCAUCAGCCAGUGCAAAGUUCACAAAAAACAAAAUUUUGCCAAAUGCUUCUGUUUGUGAACCAAACUGUUCACAAACAAAAGCACUCAUAAAACCUAGAGUGACGGCCCAUGCCUGUAAUCCCAGCUCUUGGGAGGUUGAGGCAGGAGGAUCACUGUGAGUUUGACCAGUCUGGGCUACAAAGUGAGCUCAAAGCCAAAUUAAAUUGCAUAGUGAGACCCUGUCUCAAAAAGACAAGAAGAAAAAAAAGCAUUCAUGAACCAACCUUUCACUAUAUACAUUACAUGAGUUCAAAACUUCCAGAAAGAUGUAAAUAGUAUUUUCCCACCAUUGUCAUGAUUUUAGUUACCAAAUUCAGAUAAAGUAUUUUCCAAAUACAAUUACUCACCCUACCAUAUGCUAGGUUCUGAAAGAAAAAAAAAGAAAAAAGAAAAAAAUGAGUAUUAAAAAAAUGAAAGAAAAAAUGAGUAUUAUAACACAUAGACUUUGGCCACAAGGAACUUACAUAUGGAGAAGAAAAUAAGAGCAGACUUUGGCCUCCAGGGACUUACAUAUGAUAUAAAAUAGAUACUGCUGGGUGUGGUGGCACACAUCUGUAAUUCUAGCACUUGGGAUUAGGCAGGAUAAUUACUAUUAAGUUAGGGAUGGCCUUACUGCAUAAUGAAUUCAAGGCCAGCUUGAACUAUAUUGCAAGAACCUGUCUCAAAAGUAAAGAAAAAGAUAUAUAUAGUACCAAUACAUAAUAUACAUUAUCAUCAUGUAUACUGUGUAUACUUAGACAUAUAUGUCACACAAUCAUAUGCACAUAUAUAGAAAAAGAUAGACAAGGAGAAUGAUACAUAAGAAAUAAACCACAGGAGCUGGGGAUUUAUCGCAGUGGCAUAAGCACCUGCCUUGCAAGCAGGUGGUCAUGAGUUGGAUCCCUGGUACCGAUAAAAAUGAAAAAGACAAAAAAAAAAAAAAAAAAAGAAAGAAACCACAAGGUCUUACAAAGUUGCCCAGGCUGGCCUCCAAUUUGUGAUUGUGAUCCACCUGCCUCAGCCUCUAAGUAGUUGGGAUUAUAGAUAUGCACCACUCUGCCCAGCAGUGUGUGUGUUGUUGUUGUUGUUUUUGUCUUUUGAAACAGGGUCUUGCUAUGGAGUUCAAACUGGCCUUGAACUUGUGGCAAUCCUCCUGCCUCAGCCUCCUGAGAGCUGGGAUUACAGGUGUGUACCACCACACCUGUCUGUUACUGAUUUUUUAAGGAAACAGAGUAUCACUUAUAGACUUCAAUAUUUCAAUUACUUUUUUUGUUUUUAGUGGUGGUGGUAUUUGGAAUGGAAUUUAGGGACUUCUCACCAAUCUAUAUCCCCAAUCUUUUUUUAUUUUUUGAGACAGUGUCACUAAAUCAUUAAAUUGCCCAAGGUGACCUCAAAUUUUAUUGAGAUCCUUUUGGCUCACCUUCCCAGAGUGUUAGAAUUCAGGUAUGUGCCACCACAUGCAGCUUUUUAAUUACCUUUCUAGUCUGAGAAGUCAAGUCUCCAUCACUUGCUUCAGAUUUUUUAGAUCUUUUCUUAGAUUUUUUGGGAGUGCUAAUUCUGGUAAAUUUCAUUCUGAAAAAAGAAGGUAUUUUAAAACAUUUUCAUUAUAAUGCAAAAGAAAACAAAUGAACUAUCUAUCCAUGGCUCCAAUUUCUGGACUUAAUUAUAAAAUAGGGAAAAAAUUUGUAUCAAUUUGAUUUAAAAGGAAGCCACACUUUAUUACCUUCUUUAAAAAUAAUAAACCUUAAAAACAUUAGCUCCUGGGAUCACUCUUAUUUUAGCCACAACCAGUGUGCAAGUAUAUACUUCAUUAUGUAUGCAUCAGUUUACCCAAGGAACAGACACUCCGCAAUUUAUAAUUUCACUUACAUAAAAUUACACAAUUUAUGUUUGAAGGCUAUUUCUCCAGGGAUUAUCAACUGUGAUGAAUAAAAUUUAGAAUUCAUCCAAAAUAGCUAGAACUCUUCUGAAACUGUGACUGUUUAAACAUGAAAAAUAGUAUUUUUGAAAUUCUAUUUUUUCUACAAAUCAGCUGUGUUGGGCUGGGGAUUUAGCUCAGCGGCAUAAGUGCAUGCCUUGCAAGCAGGCAGUCGUGAGUUCGAUCCCUGGUACCGAUAAAAAUGAAAAAGACCAAAUCAGCUGUAUUCUAGAAAAAAAUAAUGCCUUCCAAUACUUCAACUAUUUUCCUUCCCAACUAAUAAUACCUGCAGAACACUAGAACCUUAGAACAGAAACAAAACUUUACCUAAUAGGGCUCUCUGAAUCAGAUGGUACUGUUAUCAAUUCCGCUGUGUACAGGCUGUGUUUUUCAGAUACAGGCAUGGAAGUCUUUACCGGACUAUUGUCCUGUGCAUCUUCAGAAUCAGUACCUCUAAAAGUCACUGCAGUAGAUGUGCUGCUACAUCUUGUAGACCUUCUGGUUGAUUUGGGAGUGGAAACAUUUACCAAUCUGUCUUCAGGUUCAGCUUUAGAAUAUAUAAACUUAUCACCUUUAACUGGCAUGCUGGUUUUUCUUGAUGAUUUAUUGUUACGUAUAGAGGAAAUUUUUAGAGGUUCACCAUAUGCUUCAUGAAGACUUUCACUGUUAAGUAAUGUACUGCUUUUGAAAGUUUCUGAAUUCUUUUGCCUUAAACUCAUUCUAAGCCUAUUUGGAUUUUGUUUAUCUUUUAAGGAAAAAGUUGAUUUUUGCUUUUGAGUGUAUUCCUCUUUGGUCUCAUCUUGAGUAGUCCCAGUAUCUAAUAUUUUCUUAACCUUUUUCUUUACCUUUUUCUUUUUCUUUUUAGGGAAACUUUCUUUAUCAGUGUAUGACUUUGAGCUGUCAUUAUUUGAAACCAUUUGGACACUGGGAUUUUCCAUGAUUUUUUUACAAUUAUUAUCACUUCCUUCUUCAUUUAAAGAUUUUUCAUUGUGGUCUUUCUGCUUAUCCAAAGGCUUUUUGACUCCAUUUUUAAGUGCCUCAGUUGCAGGCUGCCUAAAUGCUUUCAUAAACUGCUGUCUUUCUUCGAGGGUACAUUUUGGUUUCACAACUUCAGAACUUCCAGCUUCUAACACUGCCAAUUCUAACUCCUCUUCCUCUAUGACAACAUUAGAUUUUCUUUUCUGUGUUGUCUGUUCAUUCUCAGGAUCAGACAGGCUGUUUUCCAGCUCAGAAUGCUUUUGCUUCAAGAAAAUUGAAGGUAUUUUCCCUGCCUUUUUUGGGGGGAUGGGAUGAACUUGUGCAAGAACAGUGACUGUCUUCAAGUGUACCUGCUGAGAUAUUUCACAGUUUUCUGAUUCACUUAUACAGCCACUGUUGACUACUUCUUCAACACUUUCAGAAGGAACACAAAUUGAUAUUGUAGAAUCUGCUAUUUGUUCCACUUUAUUUUCUUUGUGACUUUUUAAAAAUUCCUCAUAUGAGAUAGUUAUUAUACCAUCAUUUAAAUGGGCUGUUUCAAUUACAUGAUCACUGGAAUCUGCAUCACUUGUAGUAUUCUUAGUUUUAUUAUUUAGGGAAGGCAUUGUCUGUUUACUAUCUUUACCAUCUUUUUUAAGUAAAUUUAAUCCUUCUGUCAAGGCUAAACAUUCAGUUAGAGCUAUUACAUUCCGCUGUUUCCUUUUUCUCAACUUUCUGCAAUCAUUUUUUGUGGUCCCUUCUUUAGGACUUACUUUCUUAUUAUUUUUUUUGGAGGUCAUAAUAUGUGCCUGUUUUUUGGUAUCUUCGAUACUUUCUACAUGAACAUCUACACAUUUCUUGUAAAGCAGAACAGAAGUACUAUUUCCCACAUCAUUAUUUAAACUAGAGUCAUCUUUGCUAUCAUCACUAUUAAUUUCAACUGGAGACUCAUUCUCAAUUUUAAUAUUAUUUAGUUGAUGAGAUAAAUUAACCCUCUUUCCUUUCCUCUUAAUCUCUGCAUUUGAGAACAGUCCCAAAGAUUUCUUACAGUCAUCAAUAUUGUUAACAAGAGAUGGUGCAGAAGACUUUAUCUUGCCCUCUUUCGCUGAUUGUACCUUCUCAUUUGCAGGGGAAGUCUUUCUAAAAUAAUCCAAAAUAUUGCUGGAUUUUGGUGGAGAGAAAACCCUGUCUCCAGUCUUCUCUGUUGGUGAUAAAUAUUUUGUAAUUGUUUUGCAGGAAGGUCUAUCAUCAUCUUUCCUUCGUUUUUUGCAUGGCUAGCAAUUUAAAAGAAGAAAAGGCAUUUAUUUCAAGGAAAUAACAUAAAAAUUAGAUUUUAAAUAUAGCUCUAAAAUUUUAGGUAACUAGAUUUAAAAAAAAAAAAAAAGGAAGAUGCCUUUUGGUUUAAAAAAAAAAAAAUAACAGAAAAAAAUGAGACAGCUGGGUAUGGUAGCACACACCUGUAAUCCCAGCACUUGGGAGGCUGAGGCAGCCUCAAACUGCAAGCCUCAACUGCAAGGCUGAGGCCAGCCUGGGCUAAAUAGUGAGUUCAAGGCCAACUUGUACGAAACAGCAAGAUCUCAUCUCAAAAAGCCAAAAGAACAAAAGAAAGAAAGAAGGAAAGAAAGAAAGAAGAAAGAAAGAAAGAAAGAUGCCAGGUGUGGUAGCCCAUGCCCAUAAUACCAGCACCCUGGAAGGUUGAGGCAGGAUGUAAAGUUCAAGACCAAUCUGGACAGUUUAGUGAGUCCAUGUCUCAAAAUUUAAAAAGGGGUGGGGUAUAUCAUAGUAUGAAGGUCCUGGGUUCAAUUUCCAAUACUGCAAGCAAGCAAACCAGAAAGAAAGAAAAUGAACUUUAAAGUUAAACUAAGUGCUAGAGAAAACAGCUUAGUCAUGGUUCAAUCUCCAGCACUACAGACGAAAAGUAAAUGCAAGUUAAACCUACAUGUCAGUUUCAAAAUCAAAUCAAAUUUUAUAUUCAAUCUGUAUACUUUAAUAUAUAUAUAUAUAAUACAACAAAAAGUUUAUAUUUAAAUAAAACUAAGACCACUAUACUUACAAGAAAAUUUAUUAAUUUCUUUUGGCCUAUUUAUAGGCCUAUUUAUCUUUGAAUAGCACCACCCACUUCACAGAAUUUGUUUGUUUCUUUUUGUGUACCGGUAACUGAACUCAGGACCUCGUGCUUGCCAGGUGGGCACUUGUGCCACUGAGCUACAUUCCCAGCCCAGAAUUUGUAAUAAAUACACAAAAACACAUGAAGUAAGACACAUUGUAGGAACACUACAAAUAUCAAGUCCAUCUCUUUUCUUUUCUUUUCUUUUCUGUUUUGUUCUGGGGAUUGAAUCCAGGGCCCCAUUUUUGCUUUGCCACUGAGCUAUAGCCCUCCACCAGUUUUUAACUUCUUUCAGUUAAUUUGUCAGAAAAAAUCUGCUCAGAAUAACAAGGACUUUGUUGCUGGCUUUUUUUUUUUUUUUUUUUUUUGAGACACAGUCUUGCUAUGUAGUUCAGUCUAAUCUUGAAUUUAUUAUACAGCAUAGACUGGCCUUAAACUCACAGUGAUCCUCCUACUUUACAAUCCUGAGUGCUAGGAUUACAAAUGUUUGCUUUCAUGCCUGGUACAGGGGCUUUUUUCCCCCUUAAAUAAGGGGGAAUGUGUAUUUUUAGAAAAUGAAAAUGUAUUACAAAGCUAUCAUAAUUGCUAGGCAUGGUGGCACACAUCUGUAAUUCCAGCACUCAGGAGACUAAACCAGGAUCAUUGAUAGUUUAAGGCCAGUUCUGGGCUACAUAGUGAGUUCAAGGCCAACUUGAACCAUGUAACCAAACCCUGUCUCCAAAAAAUCAACCUCCCCUCCCACCAAGAAAGCUUUGUCAUGACUUUUAAAGAUGCUUGUAAUACAAGCCCUACCCCCAAAAUAAGCCUCAAUUAAGACUGUGAGCCAGGUGGUGGCAUAAACCUUUAAUCCUAACAUUUAGGAGGCUGAGGCAGGAGGAGUUCAAAACCAACCUGAGCUACAAAGUGAGUCCAAGGCCAGCCUGAACUGCAUAGCAAGACCCUGUCUUGAAAAGACCCGCCCCCCCCAAAAUGCCUCUGAAGAAGAAACAAAUGCCUAUGUAAACAGUGAAUUCAAGACUUAUUGCUGAAUAACCAAUUGUGAGUAUUCAAGGUAUGAAUAACACGCGCACUUAAUAACAGAUACUGUUAUUUCUAAAAUGAAUCUUCAGACUACUUAAUAUACUCAUGUGAAAUAAAGAAACAUCUGAAUUUUUUUUUUUUUUUUGUACCAGAAGUCAAACUCAGGACCUUGCACUCGCCAGGCAGGCACUCAUGCCACUGAGCUAUAUCCCCUGCCAUCUUCUGAAUCUUGGUGCCUGCAAUUUUUCAUCACUUUUGUGUGGACCAUCAUUCUUAACUAUUACAUUUUUAUUGCCUCUCCUGUCUCAUAAGCCUUCAGUUAACAUUUGAUUUAAUGGAAACUUUGCGAGGUCUACUUGCUGAAGGUCAUGGCUUGGAUGAAGAAGUCAAGGAAUAAAAUCAUUGACAGGGUCGGGGAUUUAGCUUAGCAGAGUAAGCACCUGCCUGUCAAGUGUGAGGUAAUAAGUUUGAUCCCUGACACACAUACACAAAAACAUCACUAAUAGCUGUAUUGCUAUUAUACUACAAGUAGGCUACAUGGAUAAGAAGUGCUCCUUUAAAGACAGGUCUAGGGCCAGGGAUUUAGCUUAGCAGUGUAAGGGCCUGCCUGGCAAGUGUGAGGUCAUGAGUUCAAUCCCUGGUACCAAAAAAUAAAAAUAGAAUAAAAUAAAAUAUACGGACAGGUCUAUUGCUGAACAUGAGAGACUGGGACUAAUGGAUCCACAGGAAACAAAGUCCCAAGAAAUUAUAUGACUGUAUUUGAAUAAAUGUGAUUUGAAUUUGGACAUGAAAAAGUAAGACAUCCCCUAAAAAUAAGCCCUACUGUGUCUUUUCAGAGCAAAAAUUUUAAUGAGACUCAGUCUUACUUUUAAGGAAAUAUGUUUCAUAAUUCACUUGAUUUCAUGCACAAAUGUGAGUACAAUAGCUAUGAUCAACUAGACAAGCAUUGCCAGAGGUAGAAGUGCAUGCUUCUAAUCUCAGCACUCUUGUGAGGCAAAGGCACCAGGAUCACAUGUUCAAGCUUACCCUGGGGAAUUUUACUGGCAGCCUGUCUUAAAGUAAAAACUAAAGGGCUGAGGAGAUAGCUCAGUGUGAAGGUGUUGGGUUCAAUCCUCAAUAUUGAAAAAAAAAUUAAGACAGUUACUUGAUUCUAAAAAUUGAGAAAGUCCAAAAUUAAGUAGACACAAGCUCACUUCAACAACACCAAGACGUCAGUGAGAAUGCUAUCUAGAAAAGUGUAAAAAUACAGUACAUUUUAAAAUGCUAACCCACUAACUACUUCAAAGCAUAGAAUAUCAUGACUGCUUAGUCAUGAAAACCUAACAAUACAGGAGAAUAUUAGCAUUCUCUGGAAUUCCUAGCUGCAGUAUAUUAAACUUUGCAGGCAUGAGAAAUUAGUUUCUUAUUAAGUAAUUUGUUUGAUUCGUGUAGUGACAUUCUAAACACAAUUCCUAGGACAAGUACGUGUGUGGACUAGUCCAACUUGAAGGACUUUUUAAACGCCCAAGUUCUAUGAUUCCGUAUCAGGAACCCAGAACUUGGACCCUAGGAUCCUUCAUGACAUGACAUGUCAGAAACUCAAACCAUUACAUUCCACCAACAUUUCACAAUCUGAGAACUGGCUGUGUUUUCCUGAUUUACCGUAAUCCUGCAAACAUGCCACAAUUCCAAUGUUUGUCAGAAUUUAUCACGACUCAGAAAUGACACUCGGGCAAUUCAACCACACAAAGUCGUAACUGUGGGUCCUCAUCACGUCCUUCUUUUACCCUCCCAAAUACAAACUCAGGAUUCCCUUCCAUCUACCCCACAAUUCUCCAACAGACCAAAAAAAGAACCUGACAGAUGCUCGCUCUCACCUCAAUCUCGUAGUCUUUCACGGGAGUGGGAGCAGCCGCCAUGGCCAGGACCCCCACCAUACUCACUGCCUUCCAGAAUCGCAGCUCUUAGGACCUUAUGCGGUCCAGCCUACCCCUCUUGGAGCCCAUUGAGGCGGCCCGCUCUUUGCAGGCCACCGGGCUGGUCUCAGGCUCUCCCGCGCUCACCGGCGCGAAGCGAGAACAGACGCUGGGCCCAGUUCUGCGGAGUCAAACGCGGAAAGAGGCAGUGAGAAAGCCCGGAUAGCGAAGCUCCUGGGAUGUGGCCAGGGACUACAGUGUGCCCCCGAGGCAGGAGCUCCAGGCUGAGUGCUCGGGAAUAGGGCCCGAGCAGGGAUAGCCAACAGAACACAAACCCAACCGCGGGGCUACGGCGGGAGUUCUUGUCAAUUAGGUUUUCGCGCCGUCCAGCGUCUAGGGGGCGGAACUUACGGCGGCUUUCUGGAGGCUGCGCAAACGGUGAGUCCGGAGGGACAAAAUACAUCCUUUCGCGAACUCUAAGAGGUAUGACAAAUUGUAUCACAGGAUUAUAAACAGCCAGGAAUUUGGAGAUUAAAACUUCUGUCCGAUAGCCAGUUUCAUCUUGAGGACUUGCUUUGACUAAGGCCACUUACUGAAGACGUCAAACUUGGGUCUUCUCCCCAGCUGUACCGAUUAUUACCAGCGUUUUCUUUAUUUUCUCUGUCUCUCUCUCUGUCUCUCUCUCUCUCUCUCUCUCUCUCUCUCUCUCUCUCUCUCUCUCUCUCUCUCUCUCUCUCUGUCUCUCUCUCUCUCUGUCUCUCUGUCUCUCUGUCUCUCUCUCUCUCUCUCUAAGGUCUUGUUUUGUAACCCAGGCAGGCCUGGACUUCAUGAUUCUCCUGCCUCAGCCUUCUGAGUACUAAAUUACAGGGUCUCACUAUGCAGUUUAGGCUGGCCUUGAACUCAGGAUCCUCCUGCUGCCUCCUGAGUGCUGGGAUUACAGACAAGGCCUCACUAUGUAGUUCAGCCUGGUCUCGAACUCACUAUAUAGCUCAGAUGGCCUGGAACUCACAGCAGUCUCCCCUGCCUCAGCCUCCCAAGUGCUAGGAUUGCAGGAUUUCACUAUGAAAUUCAGACUGGCUUUGAAUUCACUGUGUAGCCCAUGCUGACCUCAAAUUUUCAGUGAUCUUUCUGCCUCAGCCUCUCAUGUGUUGGGAUUGAUUACAGUAGAGUCUGAUCUUCUGAGAGCCCACAAGAAUCACUCAUCAAACAAGGUAUAUAGCAUUCAAGACUUUCUUCAGCCUGCUUCUCCAAACUUUUCCAAAUUCCUCCUGCAAACCAGUUGAAAAGAUGGUCAGGAAUCAAAAUGAUGCAGGCACUGUGCCUUUGAGCUAUAUCCCUGGAUCCUAACAUACACAUUUUAAAGAAGAAAAUGUUCAUUUUUCUGCAGGGUUUCAGAGAUUUCAGUCUUUGCAAGAAUGCUCCAAGGCAAAAAUAUCUUGGCAGAAGAAUAUAGUGGCACAAAGCUGCUUACUUCAUGGCAGCCGGGAAGCAGAGUCAGUGAAAGAGGCUGAGAGGAAGAGGCCAGAGAACAAAGUCCCGAAGGUCACAUGACCAUGACUUACUAAAAUACUCAUAGAAGUGUGGGUUACUUGGCGCAUACCUGUAAUCCCAGCACUCUGAAAGCUGAAGCAGGAAUUUAGCCACAAGUUUGAGGCCAGCCUGGGCUACAUAGCAAGUUCAAGACUAGGGUUCAAGACCCAGUCUCAAACAAACAAACAAACAAGUGUGCUUUACUGAACUUCUUGGCAUCUCUCAAGUCAGUCAAGUUGACAGUCAAGAUUAACCAUCACAAACCCCUUCAACAGAUGAGUUAAUAAGCAAAUUUUCUAUAGUCAUACAGCAAUACUGCUGCACACUAAAAAGAACUAAUAAUACAUGCAAUGAGAAGGAUGCAUCUCAAAAUUCUUAUCAUGGGUGUAGAAGACAGGUGAAAAAGGAGUACAUGCUGUAUGAGUUCAUUUGUGUAAAAUUCUACAGAACACCAAUUGCAUUGUUGACACUUGGUCUCUAAAAGGUUCACCCUCACUAGCCUAGGGACUAUGGGCCUGGAAGAUCUAACUCAAAUCUUAACUGAAGUCCCCUUUUUAAAAUUCCCAUUCUUCCAUUACCUUCUGUGGUAUUUAUUUAUCCUGUCCAUGUGUCACUUUAUCCAUCCAUUCCAUAAAUACUACUGAGUACAUACUAUGUGCUGGCUGUCAAUAAAGCAGACAAAGAUACUUGUCUUCUCAAAGUUUAUACUCUAGUUGGAAUAUAUUCCAUUAAUAAAGAUGAUAAGUAAAUAUAUGGCAUGAUCAGUAGAGGCAAAUAGAAAAUAAUGCAGGAACUUGAUAUAAGAAAAGGAGUAUCAAAACACGGGUUGCAGUUUUAAAGUAGAUAAAGGGAUAGGUAUGGUGGCACACCUGGAAGGCUGAAUCAGGAAAGUUACAAUUUUGAGCGCAGUGUGGGCAAUAUAGUACCUUAAUGAGAAACUGUCUCAGAAUUUAAAAAAAAAGGGGGGGGGCUGGAAAUGUAGCUCAGUACAAAGAUCUUGGGUUCAAUCCCCAGUACCCACUCUCCCCCAAUGAUGUAUCUGGAGCCUUGUCUCCUAGGCUGAAUCUCUCAGAUGUCUUCUUGCAAAGUUGGUUCAAUUCUGAGUGAUUUUCCCUCUAAAGUUUAGGGUGUGACUUCUGUCAGUUAGCUUGGACAAUUACUACUCUUCUAUUUACUUCCUAAUUUCCAAAAUCUGUGGCCCUCUCUUUUAUGGCCUUCCUGUUCUACUCUACCUUUAAACCCACCUUAAAUACCUUUAAUAUUCUUUGACAGGAAAGGAGACAAACUCAUGCAGUCAACUCCAGAAAAACCUUAAGAUUCAGCUCAAAGGCUACUUCUAUAGGAAAUCUUUUUUGUUGCUUUUUUUGGGGGGGGGGGUAGGGAUCAAACUAAUAGCCUCACACUUACCAGGCAAGUGCUGUGCUGCUGAACUAUAACCCCAGCCUUUUCUGUUGCUUUGCCCAUUCACUGUGCUUCAGGUUAAAUUUUGGGGCAGUUCUGUGCACCGCAUAAUACCUAUUAGACGACUUGCAUGCUUAUAUUAUAAAUUCCUGCUUAGUUGUGUGCUCCCUCAUUAUCCAAGGGAGGCAAGUACCGGGGCUCAUGGCUGUUACGACUCUGAGCGCCCAGCACAGAGGCAGAUAUGCAUCUCACUCUAAACAUUUUGUAAAGUGAAAGUCUGAUUUUACAAAGGCCAUAUUAUUCAGGCUUUGUAUCAGCUCUGUGAGGAAGACAUUCAUCUGAUUAUUAAUUUAUGGAAGUGGAAACUGUAGCUUAGAGAUGGCGGCCAAGGUCUUGGUGUUCAGCCAAGUCUCCUAAAUUCAACUGUAUUGUUUUCAUUGUGCAAUUACACAUUGUAGUCAGAACAUGGUGAAAAAGUGAGAGAUGACAUUUUCUUCUUCAGAUUAUACAAUGUUCUCUGGAUAACCAUUACUGCUAUCACUCUGGUUCCCACACUUCCCCCACUUAUCUACUUGGGGAAACUGAGUCCACUCUUGGCCCUGGCUACCUAAACUAAUCUAUAUUACCCCAGAUCUUGGCUAGUUAUUGGUUUGAAGGUGGUAGGUAGUGUCCUAAUUUGUCCCCAGGAGACAUUUUCUUAAUAUUUUGGAGAUAAGCAUGUUUAUGUUACUGAGCCAAAUCCGGGAAAAGUCCCUCAGCUCCCUCCAGCUGCUGUGUAAAAUUUAACAGCCUUAGGGCCAGGCGUGGUAGUAUAUGCCUAUGAUUCCAGCACUCAGGAGGCUGAGACAGGAGGAUUGCCAUGAGUUUGAGGUCAGCCUGGGCUACUUACUGAGUUCAAGGCCAGCCUGACUCUGUCCAAAAAAAAAAAAAAAAAAAAAAAAAGAUUAAACACCCUUAAAAUAAAUAGCUUGCAAAUGGCAAAGAAGAGCUUUGGGGUUCCAGGGAUUUAGCUCAGUGGCAUAAGCACCUGCCGGCAAACAUGAGGUCAUGUGUUUUAUCCCAGUACGGAAAAAAAAAAAGCAUUGGGAAGAGAACUUUAGGUCAAACUAACUCUAAAGAGCAAAUGAAUCCUCUUAUUUUUCUGGGGAAGUUUGAGUUAAAUAUUUUGGUAUCUUGCAACUAAAGGCAUUGAAAAGAAUACACAGGGGCUGGGGAUUUAGCUCACAGGCCUAAGCGCCUGCCUGGUAAGCAUGAGGUCAUGAGUUUGAUCCCUGGUACAAAAAAAAAUACAAGAUACACCAAGGCAUGGAUAGGAAAACUAGGACACUCAAGCUGUAAUGAACUUGUGUAAAAGUAUGUGCUUAGCCUGAUCAAGGUGGUUCAAUCCUGAGUACUAUCACUACCAGCAACAAAAUAUAUAUUUAAAAAAUGGAGCAUUAAUAAAAUUUGAGGAUGUACAAAUCAAGAUUGUAGUUACCAAAAAAUUUUUUAAAAAAGAUUGUAGCUACCUCAUUUAAAAAAAUUUUUUGAAGCCAGCCAUGGUGGCACAUUCCUGUAAUCCCAGCACUUGGGAGACUGAGGCAGGAAGAUUGUCACAAGUUUGAGACCAACCUGGGCUACAAAGUGAACCCAAGGCCAGCCUGAACCACAUAGUGAGACCCUGUCUCAAAAAGACAAACAAACGUUUUGGCAGCACUGGGGAUGGAAUCCAGAGCUCCUUUCUUGUAUAUGAAAGGCAAGGGUUCUAUCACUGAGUCACAUCUCCAGCCCCAGAUUAUCUGUUUUUUAAGUGGGCACCUCACUACGUUUUGCAAGCUGGUCUCAAACCCCGUGCUCAAAUGAUCCCCUUGCCUCAGCCUCCCAAGUAACUGAGACUACUGGUACAAGCUACUUAACCCAGCAUUUAAUUGUUUUUGGUAGGGCCUGAAGAUGUAACUCAAUGUAUGCAAGAUGUACAAGGCACUAGGUUUCAUCUCCUGUACACACACACACACACACACACACACACACACACCUUAAUUUCUUAGGGCUGGAAGUAUAGUGGAAGAGAGCCUGGGCUCACCUACAGCACCAGAUACAGGACUCUGUAAAAGUACCACUGAAGCCCAGCUGGUAUCUGCCAUUGCCAAUCUAAACCACCUUCUUCUCUAUUAUAGACAAGAGGGUUUAUUCUUAGGAAGUUGUUAUGGAUUAAAAACUGGUGGUCAACUUAAUGCCAGGGGAAUUAAAUCACAAUGGUGCUGAGCGUAGAUGUUUCACCUGAGGAAAGUUGCCAGCAUAAAUAGAAACAUAGAGAAGAAGUUAGGCGUUAAUGCAUUAAGAUGCAUUGAAGCAUUAUGGGUUCUUCUAUGCGUUGCUGUUUGAGCCAUUGGUUCUCCCGGAGAAGCUUUGGUCCUCACACUGAGCAUUGCUUCCUGGCUCCAGAAGGGAAGACAUGUACCGCUUGGUCUCCAGGAUGAACUCGUCAUGCUGGCUGUCUUGGCAUAUACUCGAAUGUCCUUAUUGUCGGAGGAGCUCGGGGCCUCUGUGUUGCUGAGGAUGGCUGUGGCGCCUUUCAGGACAGCCCUGGUCUUUGUUGUAAGUGUGACUUCUCAGCUGCAGGGUAGAACCCUCAUCCCACCAGCACAGCUCCUUCACCCUUCUGGCGUAGACUUCCUAGCUUUUCCACGAGUGACCUUGUGCCCUUCCCAACACGGAUCCAUAAAAGACACUGGCAUGAGUCCUUCUUGUGGACUCCAGUUGGACUCGUGGGAGGCAAUUGUCAUGAGCUUCAGGCCCUUGGCUAAAUAUCUAUGUUUUUAGUGUUGUGGACAGAUUUCCUGCAUUUUCUUGUGUUAACUCUCGGUGACCAUCAUAAAAUAAUAGUGUAAACUCCGUAUCCUAAUUCUAAUUGUUCUCCUUACAACCUCUGACUACGACUGAAGUUUUGCUCCAAGACUAAAAACAAUGUUCCAGCAUUCCAUGGUGGUGCACACCUGUGAUCUCAACACUCUAGGAUCCUGAGGCAGGAGUAUUUUAAGUUUGAACACAGGCUGGGGAAUUGAGCUCAAGAUAAAAAAUUGAAAAAGGGUUAACAUGAUAGCUCAGUGCAGAGGCCCUGAGUUCAAACCCCAGUACCAAACAGAAACUUUAGGUAGUCAAGUGGUUUUAGCAAACACAGAGAAUAAAUUUUGUUCAAAAACAUUUAUUAGCUGAGCAUGGUGGUCAUGCCUGUAAUCUCAGCAUUUGGGAGGCUGAGACAGGAGGGUUGUUGUGAGUUUGAGGGCAGUUUGGACUACAAAGUAAGUUCAAGGCCAACUUGAGUUGCAUGGUGAAACUCUGUUUUAAAAUACAAAAACAAAACAAAAAAACCCCUAAAAUAACCACUUAAUUAAUCUUUGUUUUCAUGGACACAAUCUUGCCUAAACCUCUUAUUCCCUUGAACCAUUUAACUAUUCUCUAGUUUUUUUUCUAGUUUUAUUAUUUUUUUAAAUGUUUUUUUCUGUUCUCUAAUUUUAAGCUUCUACAAUGGCCACCAUUCUAAUGUAAGCCUUUAUCUAUCAUACCUCAACUAAUGUCAUAUUUUUCCAUAUUUAUCUCACUUUCCAUCCAUCCUAUGUAUAUUCAUUUCACCAAACAAAUAUUUGAGAAUUUACUCUAUGCCAAGUCCUAUCUUAAAGACAGACCUGAGCUUUAUCUUUUGAGUAUUUAUCUUCCUAAAAGAUUGUUUUGCAAAUGGCACUACACAGACAAAAACUUUCAAUAUGUAAUUGUUAAAAUCAAAAUGUCUUUUUAAAAAAAAACGUGGGUGUGGUACCACAUACCUAUAAUCCCAGGAAUGUGGUCAGGAGGGCCCUGAGUUCAAAGCCAUCCUGUGUCACGUAGCAAAUCUGAGGCCAUGUGGGGAUCUCACGUGCUGCCCAGUCUGGCCUCUAACUUGUGAUCCUCCUGCCUCAGCCUCCCAUGUAGCUAGAAUUACAGAUAUGCACUAGUGCUUGUGCCCAGGUAGUAGUCUAUUCUUUAUGAAAAACAUUCACUUGUUAUGGUUUAGGAUCUAAAUGUCAUCCAAAAGUUUUGCUGCGUAGGAAAUUUGGCUGCUGGUAGGCUUUCAGGAAUUUGUUGACUCAUGAGGGUGCUAAUGUGAUUUAAUCUUCUGAUGAGAUCAUAAUUUGAUGUCAUUAUGGGAGGAAGUGGAAACAGGAGGUGUUGGAAGGAAUGGAUGAUGGGACAUGGCAUUUGAGACAGGAGAAAAGGGCUUGUCACUCCUCAAGAGACUUUUUACUUUUCUUAUGCAGCUGCUUUAAAUGUUUCUAACCAGCCACAGCUAUAUCAGGAGUUGCAUGGCUGCUCCAGGAGACAUUUGCUAUCAGUGGGACAAGCUUCAGCCAUGGGCUCCACCGUACAACCCCACUAGAAGAAUUCAUCUCUCUGCAGCCCUCCUCAACAGGUCCUCAAGGAGCCCCUCUGCUAACCAUGAACAAAUAGGAAAAUGUAACUGAGUAUGAUGGUGGACUGAGCAUGAUGGUAAUCCCAGCACUCUGGGAAGCUGAGGCAGAAAGAUUGCAGGUUCAAGCCCAGUUUGGGCAAUUUAGUGACUUAGUGAGAGCCUGUAUGAAAAUAAAAAAUAAAAAAGGGUUGAGGAUGUAGAGCUAUAGAUCAGUGUGAAAGCUCUGGGUUCAAUCCCUGAACUGCAACAACAACAAAAUUCUGACACCAUACAUGUGUGGGCCUUUUUCUUUUUUGCUGGGUUUUUUGUUGUUGUUGUUUGAGUGUCAGAGGCUGAACCCAGAGCCUCACAUAUGUUAGGCAGGAGCUCUACCACUGAGCUACAUUUUCAACUCUUUUUCUCUAUAUAAGAAAUUUCUUCCAUACCCUUAAUGGGUCAACUAUGUAGCCCAAGCUACCUUUGAACUCAUGGAAAUUCCCAUGCCUCAGCAGGCUUACAGGCAAGCAUCACCGUGCCCCCCAAUCUCUUCCUAUCUGGCUUGUUCUCUCACUGUCUGCUUACCAACUGUUAUAAAGUAAGGAGCUUUAUUCCAGCAUGCUCUUCCACUGCAAUGUUCUGUCUUUUUUCAGUCCCACAACAAUGGAACCACCUGUCCUUGGACUGAAACUUCUAAAACCAUAAGGCAAAAUAAAGCUUUACUCUUUUAAGGUACUUUCCUAGGAAUUAUAUCAUAGUAAUGAAAAAAGCUGACUAAUGCAACCACUUGAAUUCCUGUCUGUAAGUUUGUAUAUUCUUUCCUACCUAGUUUGUCUUACCUGAGGUGUCUUUAUGUAGGUAUGUAAAUAUUUUGCAGUACUAGGGACUAAGCUCCAUGCCUUUGCACUGAACUACAUUCCUAGCCCUUUUUAUUUUUGAGACACGAUCUCACUAAGUUGCCCAGGCUGGGUUCAAACUUGCAGUCCUCUUGCCUCAGCUUCCCAGAGGCUAGGUAUUACUAUGUAUCACUAUGCUCAGUCUUCUGGACCCUCACUGCUGCAGAGUUUUCAAAGGGACUUUUUUUUCCAUACCAGGGAUCCAACUCAUGACCUUGUGCUUGCCAGGUAGGCACUUAAGCCACUGAGCUAAAUCCCCAGCCCACUGCUACAGAGUUUUGCUGUAUAGUCCAGGCUGUCCUCAAACUCAAAAUCCUGUUUCAGCCUUCUGUGUGCUGAGAUUAUAAGCAUGCACCAAUAUGCCUAGGUCUCUUUUCUUUGCUUUUCUAGUUAGUUAAUAAUAUCUUCAUUCAAUAGAUGCUGAGUACCUACUAAGGGCCAGGCUACCUUACCUUCAGAACAAAGCUAACUUCCAACUUUUUCUAGAAAGCUAUCCUUUCCUAAUUUUCUCUAACUUCAAGAGUCAUUUUCUUAGUAGAAAACAACAGGGCAGUAAAAGCCUUGUUCUGGUUCAGAUGAGGGAACUUUAAACUGCAGUGGCGAUUCAUCUUAUAACUCUGAGCAAAUCACUUUUUUAUCUAGUCUUAACUGACAUCCUGGGGUAGGGUUUACCAAAAUAUGGCCCAGGGACCAAAUCCCACCCAUAUCCUGUUUUUACAUGACUUUCAACAAUCAUUUUUACUUUUUUAAUAGCUAGAGAAGUCAGAUGUGGUGGCACAUGCCUGUAAUCCCCACAGUCCUGAGGCUGAGUAGAACUGCCCUGUGUUCAGAACUAGCCUUAGUUACAUAGUGAGUUCAAGGCCUACCUGAACUGCAUGGCAAGAAACUGCCUCAAAACAAACAAGCCAAGAGAAAGAAAAAAUAAGCAGAGAUUGAUGAUGCAUGCCUGUAAUGCCAGCACUUGGGAGACUGAAGCAUAAUUGCUGUGAAUUCAAGACCAUUCUGUAUUACAUAGCAAGACCCUGUCUCCGGGAAAAAAUUAAAAAGCUGGAGAAAAAUGCAGACUAUUUUGUGAUACGUGAAAAUUAAAUUAUAUUCAAAUUUCA